AUGAUACCACAGUGUAAACCGGAUGGUAGUUUUGACCUGGUGCAGUGUGACAUGUCAUACUGUUUCUGUGUCGACAAAAACGGCGAUGAAAUAUCCGGCAGUCGUCUUAAUGUGAGAUAUGGAAGACCAGUCUGUGACGAAACAGGUAUAUUAUACAUGAAAUCCAGACACGUAGGGUCCUGAUUUUUGAUCUUUUGGUAAACGUCUUUUUCAUGAUCUUCACCAGCCAUUAAAUGUGUCCUAUAAUCAUGUUAGCUGAAAGUGGAAUUCUCUAAAAGGUAGUUGGGUUCGUAACAUUUGUUUUAGUGCCAUUUUACUUUCAGAAUUGUUAGUUUACUUUUUCUAACGUCAAAAUCAAUACAGUUUCAAUGACUGUUAGUAACGUUUAUACCACCUAUAUACCAUCAGGCUGCAUAAUGUAGCAAAGAAAUAGAAACGCAUGGCUGUUACACGUCCUUCUUUCGAAGAGAAGCAAUGAUUGCAUAACACUAUUGCAUAUUGUGAGAUCACUCAGACAUAUGACUGAGUUUUUUUCGUUUAUUUCCUGUGUAUAUUUUCACUCUAAAAUGCUGUCUCCAAUGACUUGUAAUCAAAUGAUUUCCCAGGUAUAAAACCCACUGCUUGUCAGGCCCAGCAGAUUCGCUCACAGACGUCAAUGAUGGCCGGACCUGAAUGCAAACCUGAUGGAAAAUUUGAAGAAGUGCAGUGCAAGUCGUUGACUAAGCAGUGCUGGUGUGUAGAUGAAUCUGGUUCCGAGAUGGCAGGUUCAAGGACGGUCAAUUAUCUGAGUUGCCCACAAGCAGGUACGGUCUACUUACUGAGUAACAGUAGUCUGGUCUAACAAGCUACUUGCUCACAAAGAGAACUAUGCUGCGUCCCUUUGAAUUGUAAAUAUAACUUUCCCCUAUCAUAUCUUUUCUGGCAUAGAAGAUGGCUUGUUUUUGUCACAUAUCAUUAAACCAUCGAUAGUCAGUUCUUUUCACUAAUCUGGUGAUUUUGUAAUUCUUAUGACUAGAUGUUAGCACGGUGCGUUGCAUAAAUACCCCGAGGUGAAAUAUUCUUUAAAAUUUCACGCUUUCGGGUAUUUAAUCUUAUUUCAGGAAAGGAGGCGACUUCAUGUGAGAGGCAGUAUCAAGGAAAGGAUCGUUCGGACUACAUACCACGCUGCAGUCCUGACGGCCGUUUUGAAAACAAACAAUGUGUCGACGAUGAGUGUUUCUGCGUAGAUGCAAAUGGGGAUAAGCUAUCCGAAACAAAUGUCCUUUUAUCCAAUGGAAGGCCUAACUGCACUACGUCACGGCUUGGUAAGGCCUUACCGAAUCUCUCCUUGAAUAAUAGUGGUAUUUCAUCUCUUGCAAAUUUGGUAGUAUUAUUUGUUUAGGGAUACGUAAACCACAGUAAAGAGAUUUGACGAGAUUUGACCUUUUUUUGUUUAGAGGAGGAUUAACGUAAAACGCCAGGCAGUCACUUUUCUUGUUAACAUUGGAUCAAAAAUCUGACUUUUCUUGAUGAACUUUUACCAUGUUAGGGUUCGUUGCUGUGAACGCUUUCGAAAAAAGGCGAGAAAUUACGAUAGAGCUAAGCACAGUAAGGUCACUCCCACCCCUUUUGCUUGGAGACCAUGCUACCAAACGAUCGGUAAUUUAUCUGACAACCUAGACAGCAACUGCGCCUGACAGAUUUUAUUUUGUUAUCAGGUAUCAGGCCCUUGGAUGUUGGAAUCAUUCUUGACCAAACCCUUGCCCUGGAAACAGAUGAAUGGACAGCCGUGCUUAGGUUGUUGACGAGAGUGGUGAAUGGGCUUGGCGUCUCUUCGGCAUCUGAUGGAGCAAGAAUUGGCUUAAUACGUUUUACUUCUAACCCUUCGAUUCCCCUUUACUUCAACACGCUUAAGGAUGAACACCUAUCGCCUGAUACAGUGAACAAGUUUAUUGACAAAAUAUCACAGUCACAAGGGGUACGACGCAUUGAUCUGGCGCUACAGAGUGCUGCAACGGAUUUAUUCUCACAAAAAGGCGGUUCAAGGGCAGGUGCAAAGAAGGUAAUGCAAUUGACCAUUGUAGACAACAAAUCAUUAGACUCUACGGUCGAAGCUCCAUGUGCGACCACCUCUCAUAAGCGACGCAGUUGUCCCUUUCGCAAACGAUAACUGCUAUUUUAAGGUUCUGAGAAACUUUUUGACCUGUUAUUGGAAGUGUUUUUAUUACAAACAAAGAAAAUCGCAACCCUGGGUCGAACUCGGACCUCGAACCCGAACUUUCACAUCCUAAUCUCUUUCCCUUUAUCCUACUACACUACCACAUUCUGAAAAAUUUAAGUACAUAAACUAGCGCUAUCUUUCUUAACUGUUACAUCAGUAACAUUUUGAAUAUUUUUGAAUGCGAAAAUUUUAGGUUUCCUUUUUGUUGCGAAAAAUAGCCCAACCUAGGAAGUGAAAUGUAAAAAAUUAAACUUCAGAAAUCGUAGGAAAUUUAUUAGAUAAGCUUGCUUGUGCAUGAAUGGAACGGCCAUGUAGAAAUUUUUUAGCCGUCCUCAAGUAAUAGAAAAUUGUAGGUAAUAUCUGCUUCUCCGCAUUCGAACAGAUAUUUUACAGAAAACAGUCGUUGGGUGCCUCUGUGACCCUAGCCCUUUCCAUAACUUUUAAGGUAAAUUCAACUUGGCCUUCAAUGUAGUUCUUUCUAAGACUAUUCGAAAACGUAUCAUUUGCCUUAUUGUAAUUUAAUCCUGGGGAUAGUCCCUCAUGUAUAAUGAUAUCUAAUGACGGGGAAUGAUGUCUUAUGAUGGUGAGUGAUGUCAUAAUGACGAGGAAUGAUUAGAAAUGACGGGGAAUGAUGGGUAGUGACUUUUCCUGGCUUUUAAAUAUACAUGUUUGUAUGUAUGGGACAUUUGGUGGGUAUAUAUACAUGUGAUCUCAACCAUCCAGGGAAUAUACUACAUCAAUGAUGACUAAAGGCUUGGUUAGCAGUGGUGGUAUCGACAGUUUAAAAUGGCAACGACCGUGACGAAAGAGUCACCUCCCAUAGGCGACCACCUAUUCAAAACACCAAAAUUUUCCCACACAAAACAUUUAAGCUUAAAUCUCUCGUAAAUGGCCAUCUUUUGUAAGCGACCACGUCAAUUGCUUUCGGGGCUGACGGUCUCAUAAUUUUCCAUUGUUUUUAACCUGUUGCAAGCGACCACUUGACACAUGGCCUGAUCUAAACCCCCUAUAUGUACUAUGGCACUAUACGUAAAGGUUUUAGCGACAACAUUGAACUCUAAAAAUAGUUACUUAGAAAUUGCAGGCAAUAAAUUAUCUUCCAUUAAGUAUAUGUGUCCGAAGAGAAAAGGUUCGAUUCUCGUUAGCGACCACCUGCCGUAAGCGACCUUUAAUUCCUCGCAUUUUUGUGUGGUCGCUUACGGGAGGUUCGACUGGACUUCUAGCAGUGUUGAAGAUAAAUGAAUCGAAAUGGAAUCUUGAUCUUUAGAUCGCUCUGUUGGUCACUACUGGUCCACAAGACACUACACAGACGCUUUCUACCCCUUUAGCCGAUGCAACAGCUCAACUGCAAAAAGCCAGCGUUGAUGUGUACUCUAUUGGGAUUGGCCCAGAUGUCGUACCUUCUCAAUUAGAAACUAUAGCCUCAAGACCAGAGUAUGUUUUUAGAACGGAGGUGGCCAGUUUGCCCCUCGUUUCAUCUCAACUUACCGACAUGAUACGUCAAGGUAAAGUUCUGUUCAUAGAUGUCUCUGUGUUAUCGAAUAUAUUGCUUCCACCUAUUUUGACCUAUACUGGGUAAGCCCAACCCUUGGGUUAAUGGCUAAAUAAGCAGUAUCUGCACUCGAAAUUCGGAGAAACCAAAUCCCCAAAUACCCUCACUUAGUGGCUACGUUGAAUCCAGUGCCAGUUUGAAUGAAGUUAUAUUUUUCAAACGUAAGUUUGUAAGUUGAAAAUUUUCUUAUCUGCUGAGGGACUGACGCAAUGAACUUGAUUGUAAAGUAAGACUACCCCGCAGAACAAAGUGAUUAAGAAAUCGCAAGGACAACAUAAACUUAUGUUAAAUGAGUGUCCGUAAGUCGGAUAUACAAUCAUUCUCAAUUACAUACGAAUUUUCCUUCGAUUUAGUGAGCCAAAAUAACUCGAAUCAAGAAGAAAGUCACAAAGUCGCAAGCUUGAUAAAAUGUUUGCGUUAGAGUUGUAUGGGUUUCUCAGUAGUUAAAGUACUGCUUGGCAGUGUCCGUUCAGAUCUCGCGUUACGCCCUCAUCUAUCGCUUAACAACGUUCCAGGAUUAUUGUUUUUAAUCUGUUCCUUGUCUUCUUAGAUCGUAUCCCAUCGUUAGAUGUUGGUUUCUUAGUGGAUUCGUCAGAUGCAGCCAACUGGCAAAAAACGCUGACUGCCGUUUUAGCAAUCGGUGAUAACUUAGACAUUUCUCAGAGUGGCACACACAUUGGCUUCAUCUCUUACGCUUCGUCAGCGUCCGUGGCCCUGCCCUUCCCCGCUGCUGAUUCUCUGCCCUAUAAUCCAAGAGUUGUUCGACAGCUUGUGAACAGCGUAGCUCCGUUGGGAGGAUCCGAAAGAAAAGUGGAUCGAGCAUUGCAGUUAGCGAACGAUGAGCUUUUUGUUCCACGAAAUGGCUCUCGAAAGGCCUCCAAACAGGUAUGUCAAGGAACGAGUGUAAGUCAUUUUGUAGCCAUAAUAAUAGCGUGAAAGUCAGCCAGCACUUUUCCUUGAAGAGUCAUCGGAAAUAUUUUUCACCUAUAUGGUAUUUGAAAUAUCUGAACUUCUUUAUUAUUCUGGGCUGAUAUAUAUUCUAAUUUUUCACAUUUUGGAUCCUUCUGCUGGAAACUAAAUAUAGCGAAUUACCCAAUUUGAUGACUCUAUCUUUCUAAAAGCUAAAUUUCCCAUUUCUGAUUUCAUCAAAUUCUUUAAUAUUACUCUCUUUCUUGGGACUUUUUCUAAAGGUAAUAUUUACGGAAUAAUUAUAGCGACUGAGUAUGAGUCAGUGAUGAGUGUUCAUCGCUCCUAACCAUUUCAACUACGCCUCUAUACUUUAUUAGAUCGCCAUUCUCUUUAUCACUGGGGAAUGGCCUGCGAGCAAGUGGAGUUCCCCCUUGAUGCAACUGAAGAAUAAGGGCGUCGAAGUGUAUGUCGUAACAUCAGGUCCUACAGCAGACACUCCUGAAGCACUUAGAGUUGCAAGUGAUGUAAGAAAUGUCUUUAGAACAAAUCCUUAUAGCGAUCUUGAAGAAGCUGAGCCGAAAGUCACCCAGGUGGCGACAGAGGGUAAGUUACGAAUUCCAGUUGUUGUAAGUGAACAAGAAUGCCCUAUCUGCGUGUGCUUAGAAAUGCACUUUUCGUAGCGUUUAAUAACAUACAUCCCAAAAUCUCAACCUCUGUGAGGAAUGUCUUGAAAUCGAGAUUCUUUCUUACUAAUGUAUGAUUUUGCAAUCUUUUGCCGUGCAUGAAUUGCUUUUUGUUAAAUUGGCUUGAUUACCUUCAAAUAAAAACCAUUGUCAUCGUACUUUUACUUGUAUGGACUAGUUUUCAUAGCAUUUUGACUUGUUAAUCAGAACCUAAAGUGACGGUGUGCCAAAGAUUCAACAAUGGCGAUGAGCAGUUUGUUGUGCCAAAGAGAUCUGGAGCAAAGUGCAAGGCAAACGGCGAAUACGAAGAAAUCCAGUGCGACGAUGACUCCAAGGAGUGCUGGUGUGUAGACCAAAAUGGUUAUGAGGUGGCCGGAACUCGAACAACUGGGACUAUAAACUGUCCAGAAAUAGGUAACUGUUUUUACAGUCUUGCCCCCACACGGGUUAAAAACGAAGAAAUUCAAAGUUCUUGACGGACCAAACGAUUAUUCAUGGUUCCUAACGAGUAAAGGGUAAUCGAAAGUAUUUUUUCACCUUUAUUAGGGAGUGACUCUUCACCAUGUCAGAAGGAGUAUUCAGAAAAGUCAAGGAAUUGGUUGUUAAAAGGGAGACAUUUGCCUCGCUGCAACCCAGAUGGCAGCUACUCCGACAAACAAUGUUACAAAUCUUACUGUUUCUGUGUUAACAAGGACGGCGUUGAAAUCUAUGGCACUAGGAAAAAUAUUUCCGAUGGCGAUGUAAUGUGUGGUCCCGAUCCAGGUAAGGUUUGAAGAGUCUUAAAAGGCCAAAACGCUACGGACUCAAAUAAUUUUCUGGGAUGGUGGACUAACACCUUUUCGCUCUUGUCAAAGUCAAUUCUUUAUUUCAAAUUAAAAUUCGCUAGGGGAAUUUUUUUAUUUUUUACAUAGAAAGGACGAAGGGGUGCCUUAAAUGCUGAAGUAGUAGAGUAUAAAUUGGUACCACGACGAAAACGAUUAUCCUUUCGUGCUACAGCUGUCGCCAAGCUUCAGGUUAUCUUCACACCACUCUUUUUAUUAACCUGUUCUGUUUAUCUCUUUCUUAAUUAUGUAGCACCAACCAACUGUGAACAUCAACGCGCUGAUUCUGUAGCCAAACCGACACCUGGUGCUUUUACGCCACGUUGUAAGUCAAAUGGAAAUUUUGAAUCAGUGCAGUGCCACGGCUCAGUCUGUUAUUGCGUAAACAACAAAGGAAUACCUCUUCCUGGUACUGAAGUGAGCAUUGGUCAAGGGAGGCCCAACUGCCAAGAUCCAGGUUAGAAAGCAUGGCUGCCCAUGGCUGUUAAAACAAGCGCAGAAGGUUUGGUUGAAACAACUUCUUAUUAAUUCAUCUUCCUCUCUUUGAUCUCUUUUACAGAUAAAGUUCUCGCAGACUGCGAGAAGAAGGUCCAGAAAAGUCUUGUCGAUAACAGUCAGUUUGUCCCAAGAUGCAAAAAAGAUGGAACUUAUGAAGACGUGCAGUGCGAUUCCUCAAGUUCGGCAUGUUGGUGUGUUGAUAAAGAUGGCGAAGAGUUGCCUGGAACAAGAUCUAAGGAUUUAGUCAAGUGUCCUGGUCAAAGUAAGUGAACUUAAUUCUGUUUUGUUGCAUUCAGCGUGCCUUGUAACGGCAUGUGCAAAUUAAGUUGGGGGUAAUUUUGACUAAGAAUUUCUGAAGGCGAUCCUGAUAAAUCGCAAUCUCCUUAGCGUUUGCACGCACUCAUGCGUCACGGACAAACUUCGCUCACGCUGUGACAUUAUAACAAUUUUUUUUUUGGUUCUCACUGAAGAAGACCCUCUGACAUCAUGUCAGCUGCAGUACCAAGAAAGUUGGCGAAAUCAAGUCAAGGGUCGCGCCGUUCCAGUGUGUAUGCCGGAUGGGAGUUACAGCAAAGUACAGUGCUACCUGAACACUUGUUACUGUGUUGAUGAAAAUGGCAACCAGAUAAGAGGCACUAGUGUCAACGCUCUGAAGGAUGGGAUUCCCAGCUGUGACGAUUCAGGUUAGUUCGAUGCAGUUCAAAAGUUAUGGCUAUGAUUGUGUCGUAAACGAUUUCACAUAAUGCUGAAACUGUAUCAGUUGUGAUUUAUUAUCGUAGUGUUAUUCUUAGGGUAUAAGACAACUGUUGUUCUUGACUUGCAGGGAAGCCCCUUACGGACUGCCAGAGGAGGCAAUCUGAUGCACAGCUAUCAUCCUCACUAACUCCACAGAUCAUGUGCAAACCCAAUGGCUCCUACAGUGAUGUGCAAUGUGACAAAUCCUCAAGUGAAUGUUGGUGUGUGGACCAAAAUGGUGAUGAAAUUUUUGGAACGCGAACUCUUGGCGUGCUCAAGUGUUCUUCAACUGGUAAGCGUUUCAUAUCAAUUUGGUGAGACAUUCAACGUUUUUGGGUCAAAACUAAACCACAUAUUGUUAAUAUUGUUCAUGAGCUAAUCCCCUACAAUCAAUAUAGUAAUACAAUGCGUAGUGGUUUUCGUAUGGCAUUUUUUUUAAACCUACAGGAAAGUAACUAAUUUGCGUGUACAUUAUUCGACGGGAUCCUAGUAUAAGUAGAAUAAGAAACAAACAUUUGUUACUUUCAUUGCCCUCAGCACCACUUUCAGCAUGCGAAAAUCGCGUAGAGAUGUCAUCUGGAGGGAAGCUUUCACUUUGGAAUCAUGUCCCUUACUGUCAUUCGGAUGGAAGCUUCGAGGACGUGCAGUGCAAUGCUCAUACUGGUAACUGCUGGUGUGUGGGAAAAAAUGGACUUGAGUUGACCGAAACACACAGCAGGGAGAUGCCAAAUUGUGUGACACCUAGUAAGUUACUGCUUUUUCUUGCUCGUGUCGGUGCUCGUGAUAUUGUAGUAGACCAGUUAAUACAUAGAUUAUCAACAACCCUAUAUCAAUCUUUUCGAACUGGGAUUGAUAACCACACAAAGCCGUUUUCUACCACCAACCAGUUGAAAAAGGCACUGUACCUUAUUGGGGCUUAAAUGGCCAUUCACGAUCGUAUGCUUGUGAUCCCCCUCCCCCUUGCCAAUGUUGCUAUCGAAACUUCGAGGAAUAACUUUGAAUCUCAGUGCUAUUUCUCACAGUCGUGUAACUAAGAAUGAUUUCAAGUAAAAAAGGCCAGUUUUUCCGUGGUGUCUCAACAUUUUAGCAACUGGUUGAUACUUAAUUACACAGGACGAAAUAACGUGUUUCCGUAUUUUGUAAACUCGACGGAAACGGGAAGUUGCUUAUAUCCGUCACGUUUCCGCCCUGCGGAAACAUGGUGAUCUAGUUUUCCAUGGACGGGACGCGUUUCCGUCAUGAAACAUGAAAUUGACUUGUUUCCGGAACGUUUUCGCGUGUUUCCCCAAGGAUGCUACGCAUUUUUCGCUGGUGUUUGCUUAGACGGAAAUUUGACAAACCGCAUUUUAGCCGCUAACGGAAACAUGUGAUUACCGCCAUGUUUCCGCAACGAUUUUACGCGUUUAUGUUAAGUUUCCAUUUACGGAUUCUUGAAAUUUCGUCCUGUGUUAGUUUAAGGUCUCUAUUUUCACAUUCGUAACUUUAUUUAUUUGUUUUUCUGGUUAAGUCUCUGAUCACGCUGUUUAUAAUAACAAGUAACCUACAAAUUUUUAUUCAAUCGCCUUAAAGUGAUUAAAGACACGUGGUUAAAUCCAUUUCAUUGGCAAAAAUAUUUUUAGUGUGGUAUACGCCAUGUCAGCGGCAUCGACAACAGGUUCUUGGUCCAACUGGCAGCGCUCCGUUGGGCGCUUAUGUUCCUCAGUGCAAACCAGAUGGAAGCUACGAGCAGACGCAGUGCCAGGGCGCUGGGCAGGUGUGUUGGUGCGUUGAUGAAAGUGGAAGAGAGAUUCCCAAUACCCGACAGAAUGGAGAUCCAAAUUGUGGCAAAGCAGGUAAAACACUGUUUUAACAAUUUUCGCUCAAGAUUUUUUACCCCGUUGAUCUUUAUUAUGGCCAUUUAUUUGGAAGAAAGAAAUUUAAGAGUUCUAAAACUAUCCAAAAAAUUUUGCGAUUGUCUAUUUGCAUACUGAAGUUGACCAAUGUGUUAUAGAGUUUAACAGUCAACUUUGUUUUCAGACAACUUCACCAGUGUUCCAGUGGAACUGGGUUUUCUUUUUGAUGGCUCUGGACAAAUCAGCAAACCAAAUUUUCUUGCUCAAAUUGUCACGGCAAAGGAAAUUGUUGACAGUUUUAACAUAAGUGACGAGCUUGCACGUGUUGGUGCUGCAAUUUCCAGUCCUAACAGUCGAGUUCUUUUUACCUUUGACGAUCCACUAACUGGUCCAAAUCGUACAGCCGAGGCCGUUAAACAGCUUUUGGAUAACACACGCCAAGACCAAGGUGCAGCCAGACUUGGCGCAGGGAUCAAAACUGUAGAUUUGCAGUUGUUUAGCACUAAAGGAGGAAGUAUGAAUGUUUCAAAGGUCAGUUUCUCUUACCCAUUUGUACGUUUCCUGAUUGAUUCUGUUGAAAGUAGUACAGCGGCUGCUAUAUCUCUGGUCGCUUAUUGGUGUAAGGAUUGUUUUUUUACCACCCAAGACACAGCGUUGUUUGAUGCGCUUACUUAAACUAUGAAGGUAUCAGUGAUCAAACCCAGUGAGCAAGUCGAACAGCAUAUUGUUGUCCUUACUGAAUUUUGCGUAGAGUAAUCGCUCAUAUGACACAAAACAAACGCACGAAACAGGGACUAGAAAAAAAGGCAACAAGGGUAAGGAGAGCGGACCGAGGUGAGUAUUAAUGAUUUAGGAGUUUUUAAACUGCAGACUGCGUGGGUUAAACUGCAUCUUAUCUAGAAUACAUAUUUUCAUUGUGUAGUUUGUUUAUAACUGGUUUUGGCUUUCUUUCGUUUUUUACUUUAGGUACUUGUUGUCUUUGUUGGCAGCACUCAAACAAAGGAUAACAAAUCGCUUCCUCUCUCUGAUGUGGUUGAAGGACUUUCCGAGAAAGGCGUGACAGUUAUUCCAGUUAGCAUUGGAAAUAAUUUUGACCCUGAAGAACUUAAGACCAUAGCAAGCGAUUCUAAGAAUAUCUUCCCUCAGGAUGCUGUGGAUUCAGUGAAGAGGGCUGUAAAAGAUGCAGCUUCUCUUGCUCCACCAGGAGUUAACCAAGGUAAAAAAAAAAUCGUUUUUGGUAAUUUUGUACCAGAUUGCAUCCCACAGAUUAAAGAAAACCAAACAAGAUUGCCCCAGCCCCAGUGCUUAAGCGCUAUGAAAAACGGUGCCGAAUCUGAGUUCUAUUUAGGUUUCGUAUAUAAAGACCAGUGCGUAGUCAAUACUUAAUAUGUUUUUUUAGUUCCAGACGAAACAGCUUGCCAAAUAGCAGUUGAAAAAGCCCUUCAGACUCCCGCAAGCCCUGAUCGUUUUGUACCACGGUGUAAAGAGGAUGGCAGUUUUGAGGACGUGCAAUGUUCCGAGUUUACUGGGGAAUGCUGGUGUGUUGAUAGUUCCGGCAUGGAAAAACGCGGAACCAGGUCACAAGACUUUAUCACCUGUUCUGGCAUGGGUAAGCCAAUUUUGAUAAUGAAAAUCAGGAGAGACUUUUAGUUACUUUACUGUUACCUAACUAAGGUGACAAGAAACUUGCUAUUUGACGAACUCCUUGAAAUCCUUUUUUUAAUUGUCCUUUGGAUUGAACUUCGAUUAUAUCACCUUACUCGCACGAAAAAACCUGUGCCACCCUUUGAAAAUUUGUUGUUGUCUCUUACAUACUAUAUUGAAAAGCAUUUUUAGAGAACAUCCCUUGUGAAGACCUUGCUUAAGGGUUACAUUUUUGUAACAGCAUGUUAUUGUUCUCUCCACAAUUAAAAUAGGUACUGAUUUAACUCAGUGUCAACAAGAAUAUCUCGAAGGUCGUUUCCAACCACUCUGUACUCCUGAAGGAUCAUACGAGGACACACAAUGCCAGGGAACAGCCUGCUUUUGUGUAAAUGAGAGAGGAGACGAGAUUGCGAGGUCUCGAACCGAGCUUCCUGCCAGACCAAAUUGUACUGCUGCAGGUACUUUUACAAGUCUCUGUGUCCGUAAUACAGUCGAACCUCUGUUAAGUGGCCAUUUGAUGUUUAUCGGUCAGAUAUCAGAGUAUCGCAAUUGUCAGCCAUCAAUUCGCUGGCUGGCCGGUCUCAAUUGAACGGCUACUUGUCCCAUUUGUCAGGGUUAAAGGAAGGAGCCCAAAAGUGUGACCUCCUUUAAUUAAUUCACAUUCUUUCUGGUAGACAUUAACCAAUCAGAAGUCGAGGACAGGUUCCAGUUGGCUUCUGAUUGAAUUAAAUAUGCAAGAAAGAAUGUGAAUAAAUCAAAAGCAGUCACACUUCUGGGGUUCUUGCUGUAAAUGUAGACGGCUGCGAGAAUGAUAAUGGUGGUUUUGUAAUUUAUAUAAGCGUGAUCAAGAAUCAUAGUUAUUGAGCGAGAGUUGCAAACCAAUUAAGUUGAAUUUUGAAAACAAACAGUAGCUUUGCUAACCAUAAAUAAUAAAAAAUCCAAAUCAACCGCUAAAAUGAUAAUUAGGGCAGCACAUCUAAACAUACUUUGUCGCUCCUUUCCAGACUUCUUUAUCCAUUCUUGGUCUCUCCUUUAAUUAUUAUCUUUGGUUUUUUGGUUGUCAGGUUGGAAAUCAUUACCUUAAGCAUCGGGUGUUAUAUAGUUGAUUCAAUAAAGGUUGCGUUGGGUGUUGGGAAUUGGAAAUUUGGCAUUUAAGCAUACGGAACGAUGUGAUGAUUUGCUCAAGUGACCACCAAACAAUAGCUUCCUAGUGCCCAAUUCCGAAUGCCCAAGCAACCUUUAUUAAAUCGGGAGAAUCUAAUAAAAAUCGGUGAGAGCGGGAUGCAACACAUAGUUAAAUCGGAAGGCUUGGAAUCUACGUAUAUGUAAGCACAGCAAUUUUAAUGUUAUGUUUUGUUUCAGAGGAAAGACCUACGGUAUGCCAAUUUCAGUAUCGACAACAGAAUGGCAAUGCAGUGCCAGGGGCAUUUGUACCCCGCUGCAGAUCAGAUGGCAGCUAUGACGAUGUACAGUGCCGUGGCUCAGUCUGUUACUGCGUGGACAGAAGAGGCCAUGAGUUGAGAGGUACCAGAGUGAAUAUUGGAGAAGGGACACCUCAGUGUGCCACACCUGGUAAAUAUGAAAAGAGAGCCUCUACCGACGUAGUACGAUAUGUUACAACUGAGACUAACUUUGGGAUGCGAUUAAUGUGGCGCAAGUCACCCAGUUUCGCGCCAUACCAAUAUGUUAUACGUCGCUUGUAUAACCUACUGCUCCGAAGUGUGUUUCAAAAUCUUGCGUUUGAUUUUAUGUAAUUUCGUGAUUAACAUAUUGCCAUAUUCUUUUUUACUACCGACCGGGACACAGUUGCUGUUUGCCUAUGAAGAUUAUGAUUUUAUGAGCCGGGCACUGCAGCCAUUCACUAAAAUCACUUCCAUACAGUCCUGAAAAGCUAGUUUUGCCUGCCUCGGCUAAGACACGUACAGCAAGAAGAUUAAAAUAUUAAAUGCUUACAGGAUAGCUUUUCCGUAGCUUGCGUCAUAUAAUGCCCUUUAUAAUGCCCUAUACUGAUUUGACCUGAUUUAUCCAAAGUAUCUUCCCUUUCAUUGUACAACUGAAAGAACGCUUUAUUAGAUAUCUUUCUCUACAUUAAUGGAAAAUAAGACAGUUUAGUAAUAUUUAAUAGUUUGUUUUUUAUCUCAGUGAACACGAAGAUCGUCUCACACUGAAUAUAAAUACUAGCUAUUUAUGACAUUUUGUGUAAUUAUUUAGGUCAGAAACUUACUUUGUGUCAACGACAGUACCAGGAGUACUGGAAAAAUCCAGCCAUGGGACGCUAUGUUCCUCGAUGCAAACCAGAUGGUUCCUUUGACAGUGUUCAAUGCUCUGGGCCGUACUGCUUUUGCAGCGACCAAGAUGGCAACAGAAUACCUGGCAGUAUCACACUACAAUCUGUAGCCGUUGACGUUGACAAGUGCUCCGAAAUUGGUAAAGAUGUCAUUUAUAAUAACGUUUUUUGUUUAAAAAUGUUUUAAGGGUAAGUUCUGUGGGUACACAACUAGGUUAUAUCAUCUAUUACUGCAUUUUUCAGUUUCAUCAGGGCUUUUUUCUAGUUGACGUUACAACCUUUAAAGCAGCUUUUCGAAUCAUUACUCAUUUCGCUACAACAAUACAUGAUACAUUUGCCUCUACUGAAAUCACCAACCCCGCCAUUAAAUUUACCUGUGCUUCCAGGAAAACCACUUACCCCAUGCCAGCAGCAACAGGUAGACUUUUUUGCCACUCCUCCCAGCGCUGGCAAGUAUCUUCCACGUUGCAGUUCGUCAGGGGAGUACAUUGAGAUACAAUGCAGUUUGCAGGGUGAUGAGUGCUGGUGUGUUACUGAAGAAGGAAGAGAGGUCCCUCAAACAAGAUCACGUGGCCCACUUAGAUGUCCCAAACCAGGUUUGAAAAACAUGGUUUUAUCACUUUUUCAUAUACUGUACCACCUUUCGUACGCGUGCACCAAAAUGUCAAGAUUUGGUGGUCACUGCCGGGAAGUGAGUCGAGUCGAGUGUCGCGCCACAGAGCCGAUCGGUGGCAAGUGGCAGGUCACAGUACGCAUUUCAUGGAGCUAACGAAAUUGGAAAUGCUUAGAAUUCCUUCUAGUAAGUGGUUCUCGCGCUUUUUUUAGAUUUCAACUGCUUUGACUGGGAAGAAAGUUUGUUGUUUUGGAUAGGUCCCGGCCCUUACGAACUUGGUCAUCCGUAUUUAGUCUUUAUAGUUAUCUCUUGACAUUUGGUUGUUUUCUAUUCUUAUAUGUGUAACCACUAGUUUAUCAGAAGUUUCAAUUCCUUAUCGAUCGUAAUUUCGCGUUCUAUCUUUUGCACUAUAGAUGCUACAGCUGCCUGUACUCUUAAUCAGGUUCAAGAUGUGGGUUACUUUACUGUUUUUGUUCCUGACUGUGAUGAGAAUGGAGAUUAUAAGCCCGUCCAGUGCGAUUACAGGUAUGGCUACUGCUGGUGUUCAGAUGAAAAUGGCAAUCCUGUUCCAGGUACAACAGUAAGGGGGAAAGCGAACUGCACAGCUCCAGGUAAUAUUUUUAUUUCUUUUAUUUCGGGCUUUUGUCCUUUAAUUUUAGAGGAGGUGUACUGUGUCACGAAACCAGAACGAGUGAAAUUCAAAAAUGAACAAAUCGGACAAAAUUGCCGAGACAUUUUAAUUUACUUUACGCAAAAGCAAUAAUUGGAAAAUGACUGAUUGAGCACCUAGUGAAAAUGUACGGUUGUGAUAAGUUUCUUGCCACGACUUGGUCAUGGUGAAAAAGUACACCACUGCCGGACACCAUGAAUGGCAAAUUUAAUUUUACAAACUAUCUUACAAACCAAGCAAAAUUAAGUAUCAGAACUGUAACUCUGACGACAGCAGGGUGAAGAUAAGGGAUAUAAUUCUUUGAGGGAUGUUUUUAACCUUUGAUCGCUAUCUACAGAUAAGCUGACGAAGUGUCAAAGCCAUCUUAACCAACUGACUGCCUACUCCAGUUUACCAUCAUCCGGAGAUUUUGUGCCGAGUUGUCGCGGUGACAACGGCCAUUACAAGACUCUUCAGUGUGACACUUCUACCUCCAUCUGCUUCUGCGUUGAUGCUUUUAAUGGUUAUGUGUUGUCAGGGUCAAAAACUGUUGGAAAUCCAAACUGUACUAAAUUUGGUAUGUUGACAUGCAAUUGAUCGCCCUACUUUUUCAAUUCAAACUGAAAAGAAAUGUCGCCAAAAAGCGUUCGAGAUCAUUUAACUGCUGAUUUUAAAUUGUUUUCUCUUCUAGUUGACGAUCGUCCACCACCACCUAGUCAACCAGGCUACAAAGUGUAUGCUCAUCUGGUGAACCGUGCGCCAUGUUCAAGGGCCCGCAAGCUUGCAUUAGGAGUGCUCACUGUGGCAAGCGUAGGCGUUUAUGUUCCACAGUGCAAUCGAGAUGGAAGCUUUAACCAAAUACAAUGCCAUCAAGCUACAGGAUAUUGCUGGUGUGUUGACGAGAAAGGAAUAGAAACACCACGCACUCGUACACGUGGCACUCCGAAGUGUGAUAAAGGUAAGGGCGUUCAUUCAAGGUAAGAUAGACGUAGAGAUUCCAUCGCAAAAAUUAUUCUGAGCUUACGAUUCAUUUCAACGUUUAGAUAAGUAACUGCUAAAACGUUAACAACGUCCAUGAUUUUCGGGGAGGCUUAUCCAUUUUACCUUCAGUGUAAAGUGAUAGAUGGCUUUGAUGAAUUACAACUGAUUGUCUAUGAAUAUAUCUGCAGUAUGUUUUCCCAAAUUUCAAAAGCUAUUUCGGUUUCUUGAACUUUUCUUUACAGCUAAUUUGACGCUUUGCGAGAUGGACCUUUUGCGCGCUCGUGGUUGGCUUAUAGAUGACCAAUCCACUGCAGUUUUCAUGCCAGUUUGUCGCCCAGAUGGUAGUUAUGUACCGGAGCAAUGCGACUCAUCCAUUGGCCAGUGUUGGUGUGUUGACAAAAACGGCAACGAGCUUGUAGGAACAAGAGUCAGUGGAAGUCCUGCAUGUACUUCUCAAUGUAAGUUUGCAGUAUUAAGUCUCACGAGACUUUCCCGAAAAUGCCCUGUUGAAACUAUUUAAAACAUGUUUGGUACCUCCAGCUAGUACAGAGUUUGAUACGUCUUUUAAACUUGUUAUCAGCUGGCGAGACACAAUGUCUAAAAGAAGCUAAGGGCAGUGAAUCAGCAGAAGGACCACAAUCACUAGCUUGUGAUAAGACUGGAGGUUACGCCCCUCUACAGUGUGAUCAGUCAUCUGGCAACUGUUGGUGCGUGGACAGACUGGGAAGGGAGAUUUCUAGGACAAGGAGAAGUGAUGGACUGCAUGACUGUGAUGCAAUGGGUAAACAUGUAUUUGUACUUAAGUAUCCUGGUUUUCUUUACUAUAAAGCUAAGCUUAAGUGGAAACCCUUGGUACCAAGUGCCCGCUUAAGAGAGGAGUCCGUGUUUGGGAGGGUACAGUGCAUUGUUGGAACAUGUCCCAGUGUCGGCUUAUGGGAGGAAUCGACUUACGAGAGGUGUCGUCUGCAACUGUGUCGAGAAACUGUAAUUAGCAGCGUGUCUGUGCCAGGAGGACACGGCGAUAAGUUUAUUUGUUGUUGCCUUUUGUGGCAGUGUACAAUUUGUUAUUUUAAUGUUGCCUGGUUGUCUAGUAAUUCAGAAACGUAUGACUGACUUGGCUUUAUUUCGAAGACUAACUUCAUUUCAACCUGUCCGUUUUGCAGCCUUGACCUUUAAGUAUUUUUGAGAAAUAGUUUUUGAUUUUAUAAAAUACUCUUUUUCUUUAGCUGGAUUAAAACAAUGUCAACGGGAACGGCAGCGGAGUUUAGGAUGGAAUGGAAGACCAGCUCCUGGCGUCUUUGUACCAGAGUGUGACACCGAUGGAGAGUAUGAGAGCACCCAAUGCCAUGAGUCGUCAGGUUUCUGCUGGUGUGUGGAUACGGGAGGAAAUGAGAUUCCAAGGACUCGUACGCGGGGACGGGCGAUAUGUAGACCCUCAGGUAAGUUUGUUCUUAAAAUAUAUUCGGUAGCGUAUCAAACAAUUUCUCAAGAUGUUGAACAUUAGCUUCGUAAUGGUAGAGAUAAUUGUGUUCGCUCCUCAUCGCAGUGACAAAAUCACCUUGUCAGAGGGAACGCCAAAGAUAUCUAGGAUGGGAAAGCCAAAACUCUGUGGACUAUUUACCAGAAUGCGCUGAUGAUGGCAGCUAUAAACCUGUCCAGUGUAACUCGUCUCACUGCUGGUGUGUAGACAGUCAUGGAUACGAGCUUCCAGAAACGCAAACGUUAACUUCUGAGGACCUCAAUUGCUCUAAAGUGCCAGGUAUUGUAAUCAACCUGAAUAAUUUUGCUAGUUUAAGGCUCUUAAAGUUCAUUUAUGGAUUUUCCUAGCAUUCAAGAAAAAUUCAAUGAAUGUAAUUCUGUUUAAGAAGGAAUGCUCUUUUUUUUUCUGUUAUUUAUCAAGCUAUCCUUAGCACGUGCCAGCGUUGGAGAAGCCGUUUUCUUGACCUUCCCGGUUACCCUGUACCUCCCGGCGUUUUCAUUCCUGAAUGUGAGGAUGAUGGAAGGUUUAGAAAUGUGCAGUGUCUGGGAAGUACUGGACAGUGCUGGUGUGUCACUGAGGAUGGAUUUAUGAUUUGGACAACCACUGUUCGAGGAAGACCAAAUUGUGAUAAGAAGGGUAGGUUUAUAAUGCGUUAGGUUAGGGCUGUUUCCUCAGAAAAGAAAUUUUGUACCACUUUGUCUUCUGACUUAUGUCUAUAAAUAGCAGCCGGCAUAUGAUUUGCAUUUGCGUCGCUGAUCUGAUAAUUAAGCAUGAAGCCUGGUACUGUUUCGUACUGUGUUCUACUAUGGUGAGUGGUUCGUUGCCAUAAAGGCAUUAUCAAUGCCCAGUGGCGGUUGUUUACGCUGCUGAAAGUCAGAUAUCUCUUAACUAUAUGUCCAGUAUUCUCUCAUUUUGUUGGGAAAGAGCAAUUUAAAAAUUGUAGCGCGGAAUAGUUAAUCGGGGAACUAAAUGCUUACAUUUCCAGGUCCAACAAAAUGUCUCAAGGAACAGCAAUUGGCAAACACGGCCCUCAGUCUAAAUGGAAAUGGUAACUCGUUCGUUCCAAGAUGUAACCCAGCUGGUGGCUACGAAAGAAUGCAGUGCGACGACGCCAUUGGCGAAUGCUGGUGUGUGAAUAAGUUGGGGAAUGAAGAACCAGGAACGCGAAUAAGGGGAACCAAACAGUACUGCGAUGCACCAGGUACGAUUCAAAAUUAUGUUACUAAAUAAGAUGGAUUGACUUAGUUAAAUAAAGACAUCUAACGUAACUACUAUUGAUCCCCUGUCUGAGGCUUAACGCCACAUCAUGGCUGGGUUGCUUAAAGCUGGGUAAAGACAACCCAGGUCAAGAGUGAAAUUUGAAUUCGCAAACAGCAAAUGAAGUUUGAUUCAUUUUGUCUACAACUAUUAACUUGAUUAUUAUAUGCUAUAAAAAGAAUAGAGAAAAUAUAUCGAGGAAAAAUAUGCUUUUGAACAAAGGAAAAAUGAAAGUGUUAAUCGGCCUUCAAACAACUGGGCCCUGCAAAUGUGCAAAAAAACUGUAACUUUUCAGCCCUUUCUGAGCGUUUGAUCCUAAAUGAUGGAAAGUAGGAAAGCAGUUGAUUCUCGCAGGAAUUAGACGGUUUACUAUUGUGGCUAGCGAGGAUGACUUAAAGUUGGUAAAUAGAAAUGGUCUCCUGAUACGUUAAACAAAGUUACAUAUACUUAUUGCAAACUACUUAUGAAGUACAAAGCACUCAUUCAGGUCGUUAUUGAAGAAUUGUUUUAGUUUGCGUGAACUGGAAGAUCGAGGGCACUUCAUUCAUCUCGCUUUAAGAAGUUAAAACAUUUUUUUCAUGUACAGCUGGCCUGUCACCCUGUCUAAAGGAAUUACGGAGGGCUUUGGGAUACACCAACCAAGCUAUUGCUGGACGUUUUAUACCACGAUGUAAGGUAGAUGGCUCAUACGAAAAUAUGCAGUGUGUCCAGGAUAUAGGUGGUGGACAAAGAUGCUGGUGUGUGGACAGUGACGGGAAAGAGUUGUUAGGAACUAGGGUCUCGGGAAAAGCCUCUUGCGUCCCUGAAUCAGGUAGGAGGAUUUUUAAUGAGCUUAUCCUCCUUAAGUGUGAUGAAAAAGCUUGAUGUGGUUGACCCUUGUUACAACAUUCAUCUUUACAACUGUUACUUAUACAUGGCCGUUAUCGAUCAUCUAAAAUCGGCACUGAAUGUGCAACGUAAAACAAAACCAGUAUAUAAUUAAGUUUUUAAUCACAUUACAGUGUAACAGAAGGUGUAGUACUUGACUGGGACGUUUAACUUAAACGUUCAUUAGAAUGAGGGCGGUUUGGACCAAAAAAUGUCAUAUUAUAUUUGCUUGGAUUAAACCCCUAUGCUCCAAGAAUGUUUCAUUUUAGAUUUGCAUAUAUCAUUAUAAUUUCUUCAGUGAUGCCCUCUAGUUUUAAUCGUGAUACAAAAAAGUUGAUUGUAAGUGAUUGUUGAUCAUUGAUUUGCGAGUUUCGUAUCGUAUAAUAAGCCAAACCACGACAUGAUAAAUUUGGUGUGUUGCUGUACAUGUCAAUAUCUAUCCUGAUCCCUAUAACAGCACCACAAACCAUGUGCCAAAAGACACGGCGCCUAGCUCUUGGAUGGGACAGCAAACCAAAGGAUGGAGUUUUUGUACCAGAAUGCAACUCAGAUGGAUCAUACAAGCCUGUUCAGUGCUCGAAGUCGGGAGGCCCCUGCUGGUGUGUCGACGACAAUGGAAAAGAAAUCCCUGGGACGCGUGUGCAAAGUGGCAAACCAGAGGACGAAUGUCUUGGUAAAGAAAAACAAAUGAAACUGUGAUUUUGAAUUUCUGAGAAUAUAAACAAGCAAUGCUUUUUUAGGUAACCGUCCGCUAGGGGGUGUGUAGUCCAUCUGUCGAAAUUAUUUGACCUUCACACUGGGAACCCGAGUAAAUUCGAAUAAACUAAGCAAUCUGAUUACCCAAAUGACGACAGUGGGUUGGGUGAUGAGUUUAAUUAUUGACUGUGUUGCAUUAGGACGUAAUACUAAUAUCGUGAACUAAGUUCCUGUACGUACAAAGGAGUCAUUUUUCAACUUUUUGUCUCUUCCAGUGGUAGGAAUAGGACUUCCAGGAAAAAAACCAACAAGGUGUUUGUUAAACAGAGCAAGAUCUCUUGCACUGGGCACUCAACCCGCAAAUGGCAGGUACAUACCCAAGUGCACCGAUGUUGGAAAGUAUGACCCAGUACAGUGUCAUCCUGCUUUGGGGCAAUGUUGGUGCGUUGACAAGUACGGAAACGAACUUUAUGGAACAAGGCAGGAAGGAACGCCAGACUGCAAUAACGUUGGUAAGAUUGUCAAAGACAUUUUACUGCUCUAUGUUCUACAUCCUAAAAAGCAUUUGGGAUAUGCUGUUAUAAUCAAUACAUUUUUGAAAAAUUAUCACAGGAAAGGGCAUUUUGUACUGUUCGAAGCUGUGAUUUAUCUGUUGUACUAUAAUUUUAUCUUUGGUUUACAUUUUAGACUAUUUUUCCACUCCUUUAAAGUCGUCAUCGUACAUCGCAAUACAUCGCACAAAAUUGAACCACAACAUAUCGAUAGACUACGGCGCAAUCUUGUAGGAAUGUGCACGUUUUUUCAACAUUCCUAGUAUUUUUAUUUACUUCAGGCUUCAAGUUAACGUUGUGUCAGAGGAAGAGAAAGGAUCUCUCUCUUGCGAUUCUUCCAUUUGGACGUUAUAUCCCAACCUGUUCAAAGUACAACUCAUACGAAAGCGUCCAAUGCCAUCCUUCAACCGGAUACUGCUGGUGCGUCGACCAGAAUGGAAACGAGUGGCAAGGUACAAGGCAAAAAGGAAGACCACUUUGUGAUCACACAGGUACGUUGCUUUAUACUAAGCUACAGAAUCGAUUAUCUGCUUUUCUGAGGAAACAGACUCACAAAAACAAAAUACUUUCACGUUAUGAAUGCAACAUAACUUAACGUUUUCUUCGGCAGCUGGUUUGACUCGAUGUUUGAAAGAACGUUUUGAGGCCUUUGGUCUUGAUACAGUGCCACCACCUGGGCGUUUCGUACCAGAUUGCAAGCGUACUGGAGAGUACGAGCGUCUCCAGUGCCAUAGCUCAACUGGUUUCUGCUGGUGCGUAGAUAAGAACGGUCAAGAAAUACGAGGAACACGCAAACAAGGCAGCCCACCGCUUUGCUUCGAAGAAGGUAAGGUUGAUUUCAUACCCUUUGACCACAAAUGUAAGAGGCAACUGAAAUGAUAAGCGGCACUUAGAAAAGACACGUAUCAUUCUCUCAUGAAAUAUAAUUCUACAAUUUCUUGAACUAUACUUACUUGGGUAACGUAACAUCUCACCAUUCAGGUAAGCUACCUCGCUGUCUUCGUGAACGCCGGUUUGCCUUGGGAUGGAAUGACAUUUCGGUACCCGGACUGUUCGUCCCUGAAUGCAAAACAGAUGGAAAGUAUGAGACAGUUCAAUGCCAUGCCUCAUCUGGAUACUGCUGGUGUAGUGACAGUGAAGGCUACAGAUAUAGCGGCACGAAAAUUCGCGGGAAACCAGACUGCUCCAAACUAUCAGGUAAACAAAGAGUAGUUUAUGUAGGUAAGGCUCAAUAUUGGAAGGCCUAGUAUUGAAUGUCUGCUCUCCCUUUUUGCUGUUUAGCUAAUAUCAGGGUGACACUUAAACUUUCAUCACCAGGGUAGAACACUGACCUUAUCCCCCUUUACUGAAAAGAAGCUGUAAUUUAAUUGAGUGUGACGGUAUAUAACGUUUUUUUGUAGACGAGACGAGCCUGUGCAUCCAGGACCAAGUGCGAGCUAGUGUAUGGUCUACAGACUCUGACAUUGUCUUCUCUCCGGAGUGCAAUCAGGAUGAGAGUUUCAAGCCAGUACAGUGUCACAAGUCCACCGGGUACUGUUGGUGUGUGGACAAAAGAGGAAAUGAGAUCUGGGGUACCAGAAUAAGGGGAAAACCAAAUUGUUCCGAAAUAGGUACGUAAAUUGCAGGUCUAUCCUGCUAAGGAUAAAUCACUAGUCGUGCUUUUAGUGAUUGAUAUUGCGUAAUAAAUAAAACGGAUAUUCGACCUUACUGUUCAAGGUAAUUUCCAAAUAUUACGGCCAUUCUUCUUGGCAAUUACCAGGAAAUGUUUUGUUAACAUUGCCUAAUGAAUGCGAGCGUGAUCGUUUUAACAUCAACGGCGUUAGAUCAUGGCAUUUAAUUUUUCCCCUUGCCUUUCAUUUCGUAUUCAGCUGAGAAAAAGACUGUUUGUGAAAUGGAAAGCAUGGAAGGUGCACUAUUUCAACAAACGCGCUUCCAAUUCACUCGCUUUGUACCGCUGUGCGACAGCUAUGGAGGUUACCGCAAAGUGCAGUGCGGAUCACUUGGAGAAUGUUGGUGUGUUGAUCGAUACGGCAAUGAGCUACCGAGGACAAAGACCAAAGGAGUACCUUACUGUGGUGUUGAUGGUUAGCAUUUUCUCCUUAUUUUAUCUAACUAUAUGUAAGGAAUUCAAAUACGUCACUUUUCUGGUAAAUAUGCCAUACAUGCCGGCUGGAUUUAGAAUAUGUUUUCCCAUUUAAGAAAUGGUAAACCACUGAGUUAUGGAUGAACUCAGGAGCUUGCUAAGCACGGACGAAGCGGAGGAUACGUCUCGAGCUACUCUAGCUUUCAAUGUACUGCUUUAAGAUGUGUUUUUUAAAAUGGGCAAAUUUAUUAGAGUGAGUUUACGAUUGGAAGUUGAUAUCAAAACUAUGUAUGUGUGAUUGCUUAAUGAUGUAAAGCUCAAAGGUUUACUGUUUUAUUUUUUUUCUCCUAAAGUUUGCAUAUGCCGACGAAUUUGAAAGGGUUAAAUAGUAGUUAUAAAAUUAUAACGGUAGAUCAACAAAAUAAAACAAAAACAAACAAAACAAAACAAACAGGACAUUCAGCAUAUUUAGCAAACGUUUGUUCAUCCAGUCCAAAAAACGAUUACUCAGGCUGCUUAGAUAGAGGAAUAAAAGUAGUUGCUUUUUGCAAAGUCUUUUUUUGACUUUAUUUCCUCUUACUACAUAAAGCUGGACUGAAGCCCUGUCAGAAGGAAAGGCUAGCUUCUCUGGCUUGGUCUGGGUCAGCUUCACCUGGUAGAUUUGUAGCCCAGUGUAAAAAUGACGGUGAAUUUAAACCUGUCCAGUGUACACCAUCUGGAGACUUCUGCUGGUGUGUAGAUGAAAAUGGUAAACCUAUUCCCAGAACUCGCUCCACUGGCAAGAUUUCCUGCACUGAUAAAGGUUUGUAGGUCUGUUAACUCAAAAAUAGUUAAUGUCUCGAAGUACUUUGGAGUAUCAAUUUCAAGAAUGGUAGUUUUAAUCGAAUUAGAAAUUGUGGAGGAGGCAUUUUCAAUUUAAGACCAACUCCUACAUAAUGCAGUUGUAUUGGAGGAAUUUGCAUCGAACUUCACACACAACAUAUUGAGUUAGUCUGGUUACAGCCUUUGUUUCAGAAAGUAGCAGUGGUGUGAAAACACAGGAAGAUAAUUUUUUUGCCAGUCAGAUUUCAGGCUACCCUUGUUAGUAAACGUUCGUUUUACAUUCUUAGCCAAUUUGAUUUGAUUUGAUUUCGUUUUACAUUCUUAGCCAAUUUGACAACGUGUCAACUAGACAGACUUCAGGCAUCUGGCAGGCCCGGGCAGUUUCAACCAGAAUGUACAGAUAAUGGGGAAUACAAGCCAGUACAAUGUGAGAGAGGUAUUUGCUGGUGUGUGGAUCAGUAUGGAAAUGAACUGUAUGGUACGAAAACGUAUGGAACUCCACAGUCGCCAUGUCCAGAUAAAUCCACUCCAGGUAUUUCAAGACAUGAUUUGAAUUUGCAGUGAUAAACAAUGCAAUUUUGAACUGUCGUUUUUAAAGAUUGUUUUAGUUUUAUGCACAAUUAAAAAGUGCAGUGAGGAUACAUUCUCAGUAAUAAUUACAACAAGGAACAAGCAAAUUACAUCAGCUGUUUUCUUUACUGAUUUAUUUUUUCUUAAUGAAAACAGGUGUGAAGACUACAUGUCAGAGAGAAAGAGAUAUCAAUCGACUACAGCCAGUGGUCUCAAUGAAGUUACCGCAGCAAUUGAUGCGACCGGAUCGACCAUGGUCGUCCAUGGUGAAAUGUAAUGUCAACGGGGGUUACAGUUCGGUGCAGUGUCAUCAGGGAACGCCAUUUUGCUGGUGUGUGGAUAAGUACGGUCGAGAGUUGCCAAGGACACGAACAUCGGGAGAGCCAAAAUGCGGACCUAUGGGUAAAUACUUUGCUUUUAACCUUCUUCAUUUCUCACUACGGUCGACUCCAAAUCUUUUUGGAGAAAUGAAGGUUAAGAGAGGGAAUAACGUUUGCAGAAACGAAAUAUGAUUUGCUAAAAAAAGUGAUUGAUAAUGGGAGGUCUGGCGCGCGCCAACAGUUAUAACAAAAUUAUGUAUAUAUUUUUGAGCGUUUAUCAAGGUUUGGAAUUAUUUUGGUUUUUGAUUUCGCUGCGAGGCAGGCACAAAAAGAAAUAUGGAGCAUAACAUGAGAUAGACUACGAAUAGUCCCCAUUUUCCCUCAGGGAUAGUAGAGCGAGCGAAAGGCGAGCGCGCGUGAAACUCACCUCACGCGAAGCGCCUUUCUCGCGUGAGGUGAUUUUCACGCGCGCUCGCGAUUCGCUCGCUCUACUAUCCCUGAGGGAAAAUGGGGACUACUCGUGGUCUAAUUCAAAAGUGGUGAUGUACAUUAUUGUACUCUUGGCAUACCACACACCGUAAACCAUACUGCCUGAAAUAUAAACAUUCGGAUUGAGGAAUUGAGCUGAUUAUGUACAUUUAAAAAGACUGGCAGCCUAACGUUUCGAACGCUGCUUUCCUUUGUAGGAACGAAUUUUUGUGUUCCGCUUCCCUACUGACGCAGCACCACACUUUCGUUAGAAACUGACGCUCUCAUCUAUAUACUAUCUCAAUCUACGAGAGACGUUUUGAUCGACUUAAUUCAAUUUUCUAUGAACAACAUAAAUUACUUGUUUUUUUUUAUGCAUCUGUAGCUGGUCUCACUAUGUGCCAGAGGGAGCGCCAAGUAGCUCUUGGAUGGAAGGGUAUACCAUCUGCUGAAAGCUUCGUACCCACAUGUCGGCCAGAUGGGGAAUACAAUGUUGUCCAGUGUCACUCGUCCCUUAGUAUUUGCUGGUGUGUGGACAAGAAAGGAAUAGAAAAGCAAGGCACAAGGACCAACGGAAUUCCAAGUUGUGGACUUAUGGGUGGGUUCGUCGGGCCGCAUGGGCAUACAUUGUUGACGAUUUAAACCACAACGUCAAAGCUUUGUAAAAAUGGCAUCUAGAAUAUUAUUAGAUACCAUUGCAAAGUGUAUCCUGAAUCUGCCUUACACCUUGACCGAAUUUUGUCAGUUGUAAUGGCUCGGUCAAUUUCAAGCGUGCCCCUUCCCGGGGGCAGACCCAAGGUUUGAGUCAUCAAAUAUUUUUCUGAUAGCUUUUGUCAUGUAACUUUUAUAUGCCCGAAAGUUUCCUUUUGAAAACUGGAAAAAUGUGAACUUAACCAUGUAAAAUUCUGGCUCCACAGGUAGAACUCUAAUGACAAAUGCCCCAACGAAGGAAAGGAAGGACUUGUCAAAUGCUUGGCAAAUGGCAGGCGUGGGGAAUGGGUUUGCUUGGAAUUGACUGAGCUAUAAUAUUAACCGCUUUAGUAUAAGAAUUAUACGUUCGCCAACUUGGUGUAUAGGCUGGAUCCAUAGAUCGGUUUCGUUUUGAGAGCAAAAGUUGCGGCACGUUGACAUUUGUACUUAAUUAUUUUACAGCGGACUUAACCCAGUGCCAAAAAGAAGAAAUGACCGCCUUGGGUCCAUCAGGAAAUGCGCCUCCUGGGAGAUUUGCUCCCGAGUGUGAUAAGAGCGGCCAGUACAAUAAGGUGCAAUGUUACUCCACUACCGGGUACUGCUGGUGUGUAGAUUCAAGUGGGCGAGAAAUACCAGGAACAAGGAGCAAAGGGCGGGUUACUUGCCCUGACAGAGGUUUGAGUUUGCUAAUAACAAUGUGUUCACACAGUCUAUAAAUCCUCAAGGACUUUAAUAGCAAUGUAAUCCGUACCUUGAAAAAGCAUGUAGUAUUUGGAUGAGGCAGCGUGGACAAGCGGUAAGAGCCUCCUACCAGCUGUGAGUUUUAAUCACGUUAUGUUUUCUUUGAAUUAUUUGUUUCAAUAUCCCUGAAAAUCCCCAUAAAGGGACAAGUUAACUACGUAUUUAAAUGGAAAUUUAUUUAUAUAGUCAAGUCGAUUUUCUUUUUUUCUGCCUCCGUUUUGGCAUUACGUAUAAAAAAAUUCGUUAAUGAAUAAAAAAUAGUUACAAAUAACGCAUUAAUUUUAUAUAGGAAACAAUUCAAAUUUCUCUGAUUUUGUUUUAGAUGUACCCAAAGAGUGCUUGUAUGACAGAGAAAGGUUGAUUGCAUCCGGAAUAGUGGACAUUGCAUUUCCGGAGUGUGAUAGCGAAGGAAACUAUAAAAAAGUUCAAUGUAGUUACGCUUGGGGUUUACAGUGCUGGUGUGCAGACCGGAAUGGGAAUGCCUACUGGAACACGACGGUGUACAACAGUGCUCCAGACUGCACUGAAGAAGGUAUUGCCUUUCUGAGAUAAUUUUUUCAUACAAUUAUUUAUUCAACUGUUUUUGUCACUGUUCUCUUACAUCUGUUUUUAAUGUUGUAGUCUUAAGAGGGAAACCAACCGAAUGUCAGCAGCAGAGAGACGUCGGUCUUAAUUUCCGUUCGAGGGAUAUUAACGUUAACCGCCAACUCCCUCAGUGCAAACCCGAUGGUAGCUAUGAUGACGUUCAGUGUUCUGCUGCCACAGGACAAUGUUGGUGUGUCUAUUAUAACAACCUUGAAAUUAGAGGAACAAGAACAAACGGAAAACCAAGCUGUCCUGCAACUGGUAAAACCUUUCGAAAUUAGUAAUAACUUUUCAAAGAUUUUGUGACUUUUCCUGUACACUUACUAAUGGAUUUAUUACUAGUAUAUCUGUUUGAUGUUCAAAUUGAAAUAUUCAAUGCAAAAUGCCGCUGAAAUCUCGAAAUGUUCGUCAACAUAGUGAGCAACCUUUCACUCUGCAAUUGCAUGAUUUGCAGAUUGUACGUUUUUUCCUUGAUGAGAAACAGAAAACUUAACAUUAAUGAAUCGGCUGAUGUGGUUUUUGUACUUGUACGUAGUCAGUGAUCCUGUAAGCUGCUAUCGAUAGCUUUAUCUAAAAACGUUUUGUACGUUUUUUAGCUGGCCUAACUCCUUGCUUAAUGGAGCAUUUGAAUGCAGAGGGCUACACGGGUUCAACCCUUCCUGGUCGUUUUGCACCUGAAUGUGACUUGGAUGGCAAUUACAAACCUUUGCAAUGUCUCGAAUCUAGUGGCGUUUGCUGGUGUGUUGAUAGUCAAGGACAGGAAAUCCCAGGAACCCGAGGCAGAGAAAAGAAGCGAUGCAUUACAACCGGUAGGUUACUACAUUCGUUCUUCAGAGAGUGAGGCCCCCCUUUUUAAUUAAAACAAUCCUUUAGUUUUAAAUGGAAAAGGGCUUGAAAUGUUUUAUUUUUGUCCCAGUGAUAGUAACAAGAAGGAAGCCUUUGGAAUGUCUAAAAGAAUUGAUAGGUGACAAUGGUUUUUGGUCCUUCGAGGGCUUAGUCCAUUAUGAUAUCAUUGCCACCAAUUUUCCUCCAUGCCCUAUUUUACUCCGACGUUUAUAAAAAUGGGUGCACGGCCAAUGAGAAGGUUAUGAAAUGUCUGUAGGGAGAGGCCCCUUCUUUAUUCCUUCAAAGUUGGUCCAGGAAGAAUAAACCUUAACCUACUGCCAAGGUAGAUUAGAUUCUUAAAAAAGCCGCAGCCGGAAAUAGAAUUGACAAGGAGGACGACAGCGGUACAUUCUGGAGAAACAACUUGGUGAUUUUUUCUUUCAUGUAUAAUGCAGCUUUUGGAAAAGGCUGAAUUCUCUGUGAUGUUACACACUUUAGGUGGCCGGCUGACCAAAUGUCAGGAUCAAAGAGAUAGGGCUCUUCAAAACAGAGCGCCUGGAAGGUUUAUUCCACGAUGCAAAGAGGAUGGUAGCUUUGAAGAGAUCCAGUGUCAGGGCUCUUUUUGUUACUGCGUUGACAAGGACGGGAAUGAGAUAUAUGGGACCAAGACGUAUCGUCCGGAUACACCCAACUGCCUUGUUGCGAUACCAGAGGAAGUCGGUAGGAGAUUAUAUUUUUGUGUAAAAAGUGGUUUCGCUACAUGAAGCCAACUUUUUUCGGCUGGAACAACGCCCGAGUCUUAAAAAAAUUGAUUAGAUAGUUAUAAUACCGGAAUGGAAAGGAUUUCCAGUCCUCUCGGUCGAGGAAUCUUAUCAUCGUAUGCCCAUUCUCACAACGCUUUCUCUUACCAAACGCUAUUGUAGGACGUAAAAGAACCGCAGUGAACGUAACAAUGUCUGGUAGUGACCACCCCUAGGGUUUUGUUUAUCUCCGAAAGGUCCUGUUGUGGGACGUAUGGUUACCGUUUGAUCCUUCCCCCGGGUUGUCUUUGCCAGUAAAUCUGGAAAACAAAGGGAAGAAAGACAUUUAUAAAAAGGUAGUCCCUUUUGUAUUUUGUAUAAGUGAUUAUUUUGUCUCGUCUCUUGUAAUAUGCAUCACUGUAUAGCAAUGGACUAACUUUAAAGACGAGGACAUUCUCGUGGGGCAAAUUUGUUGUCUUCCUUUGUUCAGUUCAUUGAGGUAACAUCUUGGACCUAAUUUAUAUCCAUUCUCUUCUUUAGACCCAAUCAAAAGCGACUGUUUACAAAAAUACAGCCAAGCAAUGGAAAACUACAACAUCGACAGAUUUGUUCCACAGUGUAAACCGGAUGGCCGCUAUGAAGAGGUGCAAUGUGGGGCUGCAUGGGACUACUGCUGGUGUGUUGAUUCUUCUGGCACAGAGCUACCUGGGACAAAAACAAAGGGAUGGCCAAAAUGUGGUAAGAUACAUAUGAAGAACACACUGCAAUAAUAACACGUCCAUGUUUUUGGGACUUACUCGUGCUUUACAGUGUAUUGUUGUGUAGUUAGGCACAAUUCCCUACCUUUCCGAAUGUCGCAUGGAAAGAAGGCGAGCAAGAGUUUAAACCAAACUCGGUAACCUUAUAUAAUUACGCACCUCACCAACCUAAUCUCUUACGUUCAUUUACAUGCUUGUAUGCAACAGUUAACAAUUAUUUUUCUGGUGGAGACAAUUAAUUCGAAAUUCUAAAGUCGACUUGUUACUCGUAGUCAAAUCUAAAGGACUAUUAUACCUUGCUUCUGGGUAGAACCUUCCUCUGGAGUAGAUGUUGCUUUGGUUGUGGACUACGCAACAACCCCUGACGUCAUAAAGCAGCUGUCAGCCUUCAUCAGUUCCAUCGUGGAUGGUCUCGAUGUUUCACCAAGUGGUGCUCAUGUGGGUAUUAUUACUUAUGGGAGCAAUGCAACAAUACUGAUACCAUUCAAUAAGCUGGAAGGAUCGCAACUAAAUAAGGAUGAAGUGAAGCGAUUGGUAGAUACUGCUAAGCCAAUGGCUGGCAGUCCUCGGAUAGACAAAGCUCUACAACUCGCCGAUACAAAGCUGUUUACCACAGAGUCUGGUGCACGACCUGGAGUAACAAAGGUAAUCAUCUGUGCAAAUUUCCAUUUAUUCCUCCCAAAGCGAAGGAGACAUGAUUAAAGGAAGGGUUGUCUUGCAGGCAAUACAUUGAUAAGACCUUUACGUAACGGGAUCAUUGCAUUGCAUGUUAUUCUAAUGACGAACGAUUUCAUUUACUUCGAGCAUUUCGUUGUGUAAAAGGCUUUAAGGGUACCUGCCAUUUCAUACUUUUUUCUUUUUUGCAAGUUAAAAGUUUCAAAAAGGGUACUGCGCGUUUCCGUCCAUGUUGCAUGUCAACCACGAGUGAUGAGUUUUUCAUUAUACUGUAGUUCCUAGUGUUGGUAUCUUUGGAUGCAAAAACAGACAUCGGAGCUGAUGACCCUCCCCUUAGCAAGACUUCUCAAGGGCUGAAAGACAAAGGUGUCAAAGUUUACGCUGUUGGGGUAAAGCCCCGUGUAAAUCAAACAGAUCUAGAAGACGUAGCAUCUAGGCCUUUCAACAUUUACAUCAUAGAAGCAGAUCAGCUGUCUGAGACUGGAAAAAGAAUAGCCGACUCUUUCAACGGAUAUGUAGAAGAUACUAGGGAGGAAUCAGGUCAGUGUUUUUCUUGGCACCCUGGUGGUGUGUUGGUCAUCAUCGCAGAGAGGGCGAUGAUGAUGAUGAUGAUUAUGAUGACGAUGAUUAUGAAAAUGAAUACGUUUUUGAGAUACUGACGUAAUGGUCAUUUAUUUACAUUCACAGCGCUGGCAUCUCCAGCUGAUGUUGGAAUUUUAAUUGCAUCCUCUCCACAAACUACACCAUCGAAAUGGUCAUCAAUCCUAGACGAUGUCAACACAAUGGUAGACGCAUUCCCAGUAUCACAGAGGGGUGCAAAAUUUGCAGUUUCAACUGUGGGAAACGAUACCAAGAUGGCACUAAAGUUCGACACACUAACAGGUUCAGAAAACAAUGUGGAGGAGGUCAAAAGACGCAUAUCCCAAAUUCCGUAUGAAAGGGUGGACUCCACAAGGUUGGAUCUGGGUCUUGAACAGGCUGCUCAAGAAAUGUUUUCGGAGAAGAAUGGAAUGAGAAGCGAAGCUUCAAAGGUAUAUCCCGAGGCAUAGUGCUGUAAAUAAUCUCAGGGCGGGUUGAAGACUACAAGUAUUUAUGACGUGGAAUGUUUGAUCGUUAUUAACAUUUUAGGAACGGGUGCCAACUUGACAGUGUCAAAUGGUAUUACUUCGUGAUGCUUCUGUUUUGUACCGUACCAUUAACCAUGAACACGGUUGUCGCUCAAUUAAACAAAGCUUCUUGCAAUCUUUUUGUUUUGCGGAAUAUCAGCAAUAUAUUUUUGUUAUUUUAUUGAUUGUUGGUUUCUUGUAAACAUGCGCUUAUUUUGUUUUUCUCUAGUUCUUACUUGUAGUUGCUGAUGGAGACCAGACAAAGGAUGAGCCAUUUACACCGUUAGCCAGUGCUGCCCAAAAGGUGAAAGACAAGGAUGUGGAAGUUAUUGCAUUUUCGACGAUACCAGAGGAGGAAACUGAUGUAGAUGAUCUACGUGACGUAGCCUCUGGUGAUGGCGAUGAAAAUGUUUUUGUUGUUUCUCCUAACGCCCCUUCGCCUGCCAUAACUACCAAGAUUAUCAGCAAAGUUAAAAGCCUUGUUAGAGGUACGUAACUUAAAGCAAUAUCACUUUUUUGGUCGCAACGUAAGCUAUUUUGUCAGUGCGUUUAUUUUGAGAGUGGUGAUGUUAAACAGGUUCUAUUCUUCAGGUUGAUUAUAUACCCCUCUGUAAAUAUUGGUGCCGGUACAUAGAUUUUCAGAUUGCGUUGCUGUCGCUUUCCAUUAGGAAUAGUUUGCAGAAAUCCUUUUAAUUUUAGAUUUACAGAUCCCAAGCUUCUGUGAUAUAAAAAAAUAUUAUCCAGCAUUACACAGAAUCCAGAGAUGUAAGCCAUGUAUUCGUAUCCUUUAUCAACUGAGACUGGUUAUACGGCAAAUUAGUUUACUGGAAGCUGAAGAAAGUUUAUGUACUCUGCUUCAUAACAAAUUUUGUUUAACUUUUUCAGAACGUACAUACCCAGUGGACAUAGCCUUCUUGAUAGGAUCUUCACCAUCGACAACAUCGGAGCAAUGGAAAUUAACUUUGGACUUCGUCAAGUCUGUUGCUGACCAGUUCCCAGUUUCAGACAGGGGGGCUCGUAUAGGAGCAAUAUCGUUCGCUGAAACCCCGAAAGUUGCCUUUGACCUCAAUGCUUUGUCUGGCCCAGAACUAAGUAACUAUGAGGUCAACAGGUUGAUAGACAGAGUUUCCUACGACAAUAGUCCUACAAGGAUUGAUAAUGCACUGAAGCUUGCCAACGGGUACCUUUUUACAUCCGAGGGUGGUGCAAGAAGGAACUCUAUGAAGGUAUAAAAGUGCUCAGUAAAAAAAUUUUUGUCUAUAGCACAACUUCUAGAGAGGCAAAACAUCCGUAACAAGCCUUUAAGUGCGCAUACGGUAGGAGGUAUACAAAUUGCUGUUUACAAGCAGGAAUGCGCGGUUGAACUCGGGAAUACUGUGAAAUCCCAGCUAGUGGUGAUAGCGGAAAUUGAAUUCUUGACUUUUGGAUUGGAAUUCCUGCAUGCUGAAAACUCUGGAUCCAAAACCAAUCUAAUGAAUUUAAGCCUUUUAGUCUAACGUUGACAACACAUUGGCCAUAUAACAGUGUAGCUUAGAGCACUGCAGUCACGCUUUACAAAAAUACAUAAGGAAAGGACUUGGUAUAAUUAUUGCAACAAAAAAUACUGAAUAAUAAUGCUUUCAUCUCUUGAUUAUCCUAUUUACCACGUUUUCCGCCAAAUUUCCCUUUAAGGAAGAUAACUCGUUCUUCUCUAAUCUAUUUAAAAACCCAUGAUCAUAAUCUUUGACUUGAAGCAUGUUCAAAUAACUGAUUAUGCAUCCAAUCCCAGAAGGGCUCAUCAUUAACAAUUCGUCUAUUGCUUAGAUUUGAAUGAAUGUUUUUAAUGGAAGUUCUGUAAUGAUAGAACCUUCUUUCCAUAAUACUUGGUAUUUUAGUACUCAUGUUCUUGUACGGUACCAAAACGUUUGCGUCUAUUUCGUAAAUUUUGCAGAUUUUGUUUGUGUUAGUUGACUCUGGACAAGCCUCUGAUCAAAAGCCAUCUACACCGCUUGAUGAGGCUUCACUUCCGCUCAAGAACAAAGGGGUUCAAAUUUAUGGCCUUGCAAUAGGAGGAAAGGUCCCUGCGCAGAACUUAAGGGAUAUUGUCUCAAGACCAGAGAACAUUUUCACACGCGCAAACUCAGUCGAUGAUUUACCUCAGCGCCAGCCAAAAGUAGUUUCUGCCUUAAAGCAAUAUUUGAAAGGUUAGAAAGGAUCUUUGCUGUUGGAGGAAAGAGGGAGGUCUUUUAUUGCCUAGGAAUUUUCAGAACUUUUUCCUCAUGGAUGUGUGUUACAGUGUUUUAGUUCAUUUCAGAUCGUUAAACGUUCCACUAAAAGAGUGACUGCGUAAUUUCCCGCUUUAAAGCUGUCAUAAAUUAAAUCAAUGUUACGUAUAUUAUGAAGGUAGUGAAGAAAAUUAAAUCUGCAAACAGUAAUUGAUUUGCCAUUGUUAAGAAACCUUGUUAGAUCAGUUGAAAAAACUGCCAUUGAUUGCUAAAUUUCUAUAUCAUAUCGUGAUCUGGACAGAGGAGAGUCUAUCCUUUGUAAGUGAGUUCUCUCCUGUCAUCUAAGUUUAUAAACUGGUGACAGUGAAUAUAAUUUGGAGAAGCAGGGAAGUAAGUUGAGGUCGAUAAGAAGUACUCAUACUAUAUUUGUUUUAUUUUCCUUAGAUCGUUGGGUAGGUAUGGAUAUCGGGUUUGUUGUGGAGGCUUCAGAUUCCGUGACACCAGAGGUGUGGACGGACUUCUUAGGCAUCGUCAAAAGAACCGUUGACCGUUUCCAAGUAGCACCACAAUCUGUUAAUGUUGGGAUGGUCACUUUUGGAACCAAUGCCACCGUUGUAUUUAACUUCAACUCUUUACCAGAUGAAAUACUGAACAAUUAUGAAGUAAAAAGACUGGUGGAUACAGCGACCCUGCAGGGAGGACCGUCUAGACUUGACCGCGCUCUUAAAACUGCUUACAAAUCCCUCUUUAAUGAGAAAAAUGGAAUGAGGAAAUGGGUGCCUAAGGUUUGUACUGCAUGAUUUUAUGGGAUGUUUUGUGAGGAUCAUUUUUCAGAUCUAGAAAGAGGUGGUCGGAUCACUUGCCAGCUAUAUAGAUGCUUUUUACUUUACUGAGAAUUCUUUAAAAACAAUUAGAAAUAUCACAGAAAUAGGGGUGGCCACGAUCCGUUCCGCCCACCUCUAAUCCCGCCCAUGUCUUUCAUUACAUGAAACUCUUUUGUCAUUUACCGUUUUUUUAUUUUGUCACAGAUUCUUUUCGUAAUAACAGCAAGUGCGCAAUCUAGUUUCCCUGGGAGGUACACACCCCUGGCCACAGCAGCUCAGCCAUUGAAAGACAGCGGAAUACAAGUGUAUGUUCUUGGCGUGGGCCCUAGUUUCGACGAACAAGAGCUCAAUGAUGUUGCCUCGCGCCCAGAGAAUGUGUACCAGGAACCUUUUAGCCGAUUAGCGGAUUUUGGGCCUGCGCUGUGGGACGAUUUGCUUGCUACCAUUCGCAACAAAGGUAAUUUGCCAGAGAUAAUAGAGAGAUUAAGAAUUACUUUAAGGACAAACGCCAUAUUGAAGUCUACAAUUUGGUAACUUAGAACAUUGGCAAACACAAACUGUUUAAAACAAUUCUUAUAGAUAAAACUUGCGUGAAUUUUCUGAUUUCUGUGCAGACGUAACGAGUAAUAAAUGAAAAGUAGAGGUAAAACCUGGUCACUUGGUACAAAUUGACGUUUGCCGUUUGCCAUAAACGAGAUUAUAAAUCUCUCUAAAAUCAUCCUGGAGAUACCUGGCAAAAAAUGUGUGUUGGGAAAAAAAAUUGGUUAAUUCCGAUCCCCUGAUUGAAAUUACACGCACAAAAAGAACAGCAUUGCAAAAAGAAAAUAAAUAAAAUAAAUAAAUCCUUAACUUUAACGGGCGUUUACCUCUAAGUAGUGGCACAAAAUUGGUUCACUGUAGCAUUAGUCUAAUUGAAAAUGCGGUUGCAGAUUCUAGCUUUGUUCAUUAAUGACGUUGUAAAUGCUGGUGAUGACGUUGACUAAAAUAAUGAAGUUCCCAGCCAUCAGAAUUGUUUGCUUUAUUUAUUGAAACAAUUACGCUUCUUUCAUAGGCCUGUUUCCUGCAGCAGACGUAGCUUUCCUUUUGGGUUCGUCUCCUCGAACCACACCCGAGACGUGGACUGCAUUCCAGACCUUUGCCAAGACAGUAGUAGACACACUGGGGGCGUCUCAAGAUGGCGUCCAUUACAGCGCGAUUGCGUUUAACUCCGAACCUCGCGUAAUAUUCCGCUUCAAUAGCCUGCAAGGACCUCAGUAUACAGGAGAAAAUGUGAAACGUCGUAUUGAUGAGAUGUGGUAUACGGGAGGGGAAACUAACAUCGAAAGAGCUGUGGAGCUAGCUAAUACUGUUCUCUUUAGUUCUCAGUCUGGAGCAAGGAAAGACGCCCCAAAGGUGCGUUUAUAGUUAACUGAAACCUGCUAUAAAAUAUUUCAGGCAAAAAAGGUAAGACCGCUCUAUUUAAUCUUUAAUAAUAGUUUGAAUUCGGUAAUUUAUGGACCUUAGCCUACAGUUAUUCACGAAGCAUUUUAAGUAAACAGGACAAAUGCAAGAGAAACGUUUUCUGAAAGUUACAUUUCUUGUUCGUCUGAUCGGAAAAACUUGGCAGUACUCAACUUAUGUCUCGUUAACGUUCAAAAAAAAAAAAGAAUAUUAGGGCGCGCAUUUUUCGAAAAAUAUCAGCAGCCAAAGGGGCCAGUGAUUCAGUAAUACACGGGCAUCUCGAAACGACGGCCAGGGAGAAGAAAACUUUUUGGUUUGGUUGAUUUGAUAUGCAGUGUAAUUAUAGCAGUCAUGUACAAUCAUUUUGUUAACAAAGACUGUUUUUGUCCAGCUGGUUAUCAUAUUGGUCGAUGGGCCACAAGCAAGUGACCAGGUUUCAUUAUCAAAAGCAUCGCAGCCACUCCGGGAUCGUGAUAUUGAUAUUUAUGCUGUCGGUGUACUGCCUUACACUCCUGAGAAAGAGUUGCAAGAACUUACCUCUGACAAGUCGAAAGUUUUCCUGUAUCCAGUAGAUGAACUUCCUAAACGUACACCAGAAGUUCUAAAUCGAUGGUAUGACACUUGGUUAACUAGGUGGCGUCCCACAGGUAAGGCCUUUGUAAUGUCUUAGCAUUCAGCAGUUAGUCAAGCCUAUUGUCGUCAUUUGUCGUUAAAUUUGUUUUUAGUUUAAAUUGCUUGUUGGAAGAAGUUGUCGGCUUGUUUUACGUUGGAGAUAAUACGAUAUAAGAACUGAAGAAGGGAAUCGUUUUUCAUAAUAGACACAACGCUUUUUUGGUGCACAUUUUAGAAGUAUCGCUGUUGUCAUGAACUAGUGCGUGUUACUUUUUCAGGGUUUUCGUUCCAUACUGCGCUAGAUUUGAUUUCUUUUCUUAGUAUUGCUUUGUGAUUCAGGACAUAAGCGUGCAUGUCUGUUGACCCAUGCCGAAUUUGGAAUGGAGGACGGCAAAUACUGAUUUGUGACAUGACAGCGAAGGGUUUAUACAGCCAACGAAUAAAACAAUGAAACAGCGCUAAAUAUGCAUUUUAUGCUUUUUAAAACUAUGGCAGAAUGCAGUUUAUCGUUGUUGUUUUUUUAAAGCACAAAGUUUGUUGAUUAUAACAAUUUUAUCCAAUUCUUUCUUGCUUGCAGCUCCUUCCGAUACUCAGUGCAGAGAAGAAUAUCAAACGGCAUUGCAAAACUACGUAGUGGGACGAUAUGUACCACGCUGCAAACCAGAUGGUAGCUAUGAGCCACUUCAGUGCCGUACGUCGUAUUGUUUCUGUGUGGAUAAGUAUGGAAAAGAGGUUCCUGAAAGUCGAAAAUCUGCCUCGGACCCUCCAAACUGCGCCAAGUUUGGUACGUGAGAUUUGAUAGAAUUUAAGUAUAUCAACAACCUAAAGAUGGACAUUUAUGGGGAUCAAUACAGAGGAAAAGAGUUUGAUUUAAAAAACGUUUGCAUCUUGGCCAGCGGAGUAAGGUUGAAUAAAGAGUAAGACUGAGAGCAAACUGCUUUGUGCCCUGAGGCCUACGCAAUGCGCUCGGUGAAAAACAGACUCACCGUCAUAAAAUUACCCUGGGCCAUAUGGGGAAAUAGAAGUCCUCGUAUUACUUAUUGAUGGAGCUAGGUGACAUAUUUCUCCAUUCUUUCUUUUCCCUAAUUGAUCUUAUGAUCUUUUAGACCGCCGCCUGGUUAGCUCAGUUGGGAGAGCGCCGGUCUGCUGAGCGGGAGGUCGCGGGUUCAAACCCCGGCCGGACCAAGACUUAGGGUCUUUAAAUGACCGAGAAGAAAGUGCUGCCUUUGUAAUGACAUCUGCAAAUGGUUAGACUUUCUAGUCUUCUCGGAUAAGGACGAAAAACCGUAGGUCCCGUCUCACAGCACUUUCACUGAUCUGUUCUUGUGGGACGUAAAAGAACCCAGACCCCGGUGGUGUGGCCAACCUUAACGGGUUGUGGGAUUGGGUAGGGAUGGCACCUUGCCUGGGACCUUUGAGUCCCGUUUGUGCCUAUUCCCUCUGGGCAGGCCUGUGUCCAGAAAAGCUUGUAAAACUAAAAACUAAAAAAUUAUUUACUAGCGCCCGUUAAUUCAGCUAGCUGAUUAAUGUAGCUAAAUGAUACAUUGCUCCAUUCUUUCCUCUCGCUUCUUGAUCUAUGUAAUUAUUAGCCCCUGUUAAAUCAGGUAGCUGUCAGAAUUUUCACACUCUCUCAUAACCAGAUGUUCACUUUCUUUUAUUAUCAUGAUUUCAGUCGAUCCACCAACAAAGUGUCAGCAAGGGUAUAAGGAAGCAGUGACCAAACGUUUGUUUUCAAGAGGUGGAACCGUCCCUCGGUGUCGACCAGAUGGAACAUACGAUGAAGUGCAGUGUUGUCCAAGUGGUUAUUGCUGGUGUAGUAACAGCUCCGGAUCGAUGUAUGGCUUAAGCAAGGGUUGGCCUCUAUGUGCCACUGGAGGUUAAUUUCAAUUUACUGCCUUACAGGCUUUAGACAUGUUCGAUUGACCGUGUACCGAACUACAAAUAAAUGAAAUUGAUUAAGAAACUGUUCGAUUAGAGAUUUAGCAUGUAACUCUCGCUGACAUACAAUUUUCAGCUUCCUGUUGCAUUUCGGUGGUUCUUAAACCUUCAUAAAAGCGAUUUGCACUUCUUUGGAUUCUUUUCUUUUCUUUCUUAAAAGCUGGAAUAAAGUAGAAAAAUGUAGUCCAUACUUUCAUGUCAUUGUGAUAAUAAUUACCGAAAAAAGAAAAGAGUACUAUGUAAAGCUCACAUAGGUUUUGCUAGAUUGAAAGCUAAAAGAUGUUAGACCUCUCUAUAUUUUGAAAGUGAAGCCAAUCGAUAUCGCUAGAAUUCCCAAUUCUUCACAAAGGUAGCUUGCAACGCUUUGACGCAUUUUACUUUAUAUUAAUUUUGUAGGGAAGCCACAGACACCUUGCCAGCGACGAUUCGAAAAAGCAUUUUCAGUUCGUUCCUAUGAUAAGUAUAUUCCUCAUUGCACUCCGGAUGGGAAAUUUUUCCCAGUACAGUGUGACGCAUCUGAGUGCUUCUGUGUGGACCAGCAAGGAGCAGAAAUCAAGAACACAACUAGGCUGCUUCCAGAAUUUCCAUCCUGCGAUUCAUCGUCAGGUAAACUGUUAAUCCAGUUUUUGAAUUUUUGUGCCUGAUUGAUUCAGGAAAUAAUUGAAGUUUUCCACAUAACGAACUGUGAAUGUAGCUCUAAAAAGCAGCAAGAAAUUCCAAAAACUUUUCGACCUUUUAUUUGCUGAAAAAGAUUUAUCAGGUUGUUUGAGCACUUAAACAGGUAAUAUGCUAACUUGACAUUCACUUUUCUAAGAACAAAAAAUGAUUGUUAAUAUGGCUGGAUAUUUUUGGUAGCUCUACCUUUGUCACCGUGCCAGAGAGAGAGGCUUUCAGCAACUGCGAAUCAUGUCAUAGGAAGAUGGGUGCCACAGUGUCAGGAAGAUGGCUCUUAUUACCCAGUACAAUGUUCAACUGGUUGGGAUUGUUGGUGUGUCGAUGAGGAUGGAAGGGAGAUCACAGGUUCUAGAGGAAGAGGUUGGCCGGACUGUGAGCAAACUGGUAAAUAUAAUAAGUGAAACAAUUAUCACAGCAGUUGAAUAGUAGUACUGCAUUCUCGCUUUGUUUAAAAAGGCAAGUUUUGGUAACUGAUUGGGAAGGUGCUUGCGAAAGACGCACAAAUUACGGACAACUAAUCUCUGCAUUCAGGUUAAGCUACAGAAAGAAAUGCACUUGAAGAGGAACAAGGUGCCGUUGGGCAACCAUAUCAUUUGUACAAAUGUAUUAAUCGUUGCUUCUGGCUGCCCUCAGUUCCUGAUGCCUUUUGUAUUUAUUGAACUAUGACACCUGUUGUUGUCUUAUACGUACUUGCUGCAAGUAAAACGUAAAUAACAAACGCGCUUAUAACUCAAAAUGACCUUCAGUCUUGAAAAUAAACUUUGUUACAUGCGAUUUGCUCAAUCUUUCCUCUACUUUUCAACAGUUAAAAGGCCGACCGAAUGUCGAAGCCACUUCAAAACAGCUUUACUUCGCCUUCUUCCUGGACGAUUUGUUCCUCGCUGUGGAGCAGAUGGAAGUUAUGAUCAAACACAAUGUGUCGGUUCCAUUUGUCUCUGUGUUGAUAAGCGUGGUAUUGCAAUUCCUGGAACAUCAAGACCGCGGUUUAUUAAGCCCAACUGUGAAGCUCGAGGUAAAACAAGAUAAGACCUAUUCCAAUUGGUAAUGCGAUGUUUUUUUGGCUUCGUUCUAAAUUAUUUUUAAAAUGUGCUUAAUUUAAAACCCUGAAUGAAAUAACUGAAGAACAUGGUCUUUGAAAAUGCCUAUAUAUUAUCAGUUUAUCUUAUCCCUUCUUGGCAAUUUCCCUCCUUGGGAAAGCUAUAGAAUCGCGGAUUAUCUCGGAGGCAGCGUGGCUGAGCGGUUACAAUGCUGGAAUUGUAAUCCUCGAGGAUUAGUCCCGCCCUGACUGUAACCUGGAUUCAAAUCCGAAUUCAAAUCCUCGGCCAGGCUUAUAAAAUAGUAACUGGUUCGCCUCCUACAAGAUUGGAUUCUCAACCACGUUUUGGUCCAUUUGAAUAAUUUGUUUCAUUAUCCCUGAAAAGCCUCAUUAGGAGAAAGAAUAACAACGUAUUUAAAGUUACAUUUAAACUACAGCAGGUCAAAUAAUGUAUUUUUGUUGCCUUACCAUCAGGUUGGAGAUUGACAACAUGCCAACGACACUUCCAAGAUUCAUCUCGCUUCUACACUACAGGCCGGUUCACUCCAAAGUGCCACACAGACGGUCGUUACAAAGAGGUCCAGUGUUAUGGAAAUAAAUGUUUUUGCGUUGGCAGUGAUGGCCUGGACUCCGGUUUCAAUCAAACUACGCUUCCUCAAAUUCCAAUCUGCCCAACAAUUCCCGGUAAGACAUGUUGCCCGUUGCUGCCUGUUAACAAGGCUAAUAUAGUGCUGCCUUGAGAAUCACGACGAGAACCUUUUUUUGGGGGGGGGGACAGAUUACAUAAAUUUCCUUCAUGCCUUUGCAAAAACUUUGACUUUAAAAAUUUGACUACUGGAUGUAGAAAUAAAUCUUACAAAUCCUUCAUUUUAACCCGUGCUUUGUAGAGAAAUCAACAAAUCGGAUACGAGGAGGCAAACGACGAAUUCGCCGCUUCCGAUAAUCUGAUUGGUUAUUCUUUUGAGCCGCAGUGUACUAUUAAACACUGCAAAGGACCCAGUAGAAUCAUCUGUUGCACUUAAACACAUGAUAUCAACUUGGAUCAGUUGCUUGCUUUCAUUAUCAUUUUAAAGUGGCUGUUGAAAGCUAGUCCUAUUCUCAAAUGUUUGCUUUUUCCGUUAUAUAUAAAACUUACAAGAAAUACUUUUUGUUUUUAUGCUCUUUUCAGCCCCUGCCAGCGGCAGAUCUAGGGGAGUGGCCCGGGGGGGCCCGGGUUCCCCCUUAUUUUUAGACCAAAAUGAGGCCGGAAGGGUCGAAAAAAAUUUUUUGGAGACCGGCCUCCCCCUUAUGUCAAGGUCUGGAUGACUGCCCCCCUCCCCCACCCCCUUAUCUGAAGGUCUGGAUCCGCCACUGCCUGCAGUUCAACUUUUGCAUGCCAUUUAUUUGUUGCAGAUACAGAGACUCCUAGCACACCACGAUCACCAUGUGAAAAGCAACGUGUCGCAGCUCUUCAAGAAUCUUCAGAUACAUUUGUCCCGUAUUGCAGAUCAGAUGGCUCAUUUGACCCUAUUCAGUGCCAAGGUUUGAUGUGUUACUGUGUAGACAGUGAUGGAAAGACAAGAGAAGGAACAGACAAACCACGACCAACUCGACCAGAUUGUGAAGGUAGAUGUUAUAAUAUUUUUUGGGAUGUUCAAAUACGCUUCUUCCUUUCUUCGCUCGCUUGAUAUUAACGUUGCCUUUUUACAAGCCAAAUCGCUCAAAGUGUUGCUUUAUUGAAUUGGUUUUUGUUCUCGACGACGUAGAGGACGUCGCUGAACAUUUCACGUGUAUUUUAAUCGUUUUCAGUGUUGGUUUUUAGCUUUUUUUUUAUCGCCAUUGGCGUUGAGUUAAACUAGAGAACUGUUUCCUCGCAACAUAAAUUAGAGUUGAACUUAAAUUGUAACAUUGUUGAGUUUAGGGAGGAAAAGAGUGGUAAAAACUGUGUUAAUUUCAUUUUAAACAGCUCCUAGUCCCACCAAAUGCCAGAGGGCUUAUCUUCGAGCUCUGGAACAAUAUCGUCCAGGUCGAUUUAUUCCACGUUGUACACGCGAUGGCCAGUUUGAUCCUAUCCAACUAAGUGGGCCAGACGCCUAUUGUGUGGAUCGUGAAGGAAACGAAAUACAAGGAACAAGAGUAAGCAGGCCAUUUAGGCCUGACUGUAGUUCAGGUAUGAAAAAUUAAUUUUUAUUUUGGCCAACUGCUAAUAAAAUGCAUCUCUUUCUAAUGUCGGCCACGUUUCUACCUUAAAGUAGAAAGAAUUUAACUAACUUCGGUCUUUACUUUCAUGUUUCAGAUAAACCAGGUCGAUGCCCAUUGCCUUGGAAGGGUUUGGACGGAAUCUGUGAUUUCAAAGGGGAUGAAUGCCAGCGUGACAAUGACUGUGAAGAUGACAACAAGUGUUGUUUCAAUGGUUGUCAGAAGGAAUGUGCUAAAGUGCCUAGUGAAAAAUAUGGUAAGGCUAAGUUUCAUUCAAACAACGGAGUAUAUCUUUUUGGCCCUAACUAUGUGCAGAAAUUGUUAAAAAGUUAAAACUCUUUGUUUUAUUUCUCCACAGGGCCAGCUUGCCCCACUCCCAUGGAUACCUCGUUCAUCAUAGAUUCAUCCGAAUGUGCUACCCGUCGCAACUGGAUUCUCAUGCUGAAUUUUAUCCAGACCUUAGUCAAUUUCUUUGAUGUGUCACCAGCUGGGGGUCGCAUUGCUCUGUUACAAUACAGCACCAAUGCAAACGUGGUUCUCAAGUUUAACACGUUAACGGGACGUCUUCUUAAUGGCGCAGAGGUUGUCAGGAAAGUUGGUCGUCUUCAGUGCCAAGAAGGAUUGAGAAGAAUUGAUAAGGCAUUAGAGCUUGCUGACAAGGAAAUUCUUACUUCUGCUGGUGGAAUGAGAAACAUCUCAAGGGUAAACACACUUACUACUGCAAUGUUCUUUCCCACUCCUAAGUAGAAUACGAGCCAUUAAUUUAAAUGUACACACCAUCUCUUACACGUGCUCCAGUUGUACUAAUGAUUCACUAUAACGUUCUUACCAUACAGCCUGUACUGGUAAUCACAACAGGAAAGCAAACAACAGACCAAGGCGUCUUGACCGAUCUUGGUGUGGCGUCUUCUCGCUUACAAAGCAAAGGUGCUCCAGUCUUUUCUUUGGGAAUAGGAGAAGACUUAGAUACCUCAGAACUUGGCAAAAUUGCGUCUGGACCUGAUAACGUAUUUUCCGUGGACUCAUUCGAAGACUUAGACGACAAAGUUAAGGAAAUAAAGAGAGGCUUAUGCUUAGGUAUUAAAUAAUGACUUAAUGUUAUGUGUAUAAACAUAUAUUUAUCUCAGUAUACUUACAUAUACAGCUGUAAGUACUCUUAAGUGUUGCAUUUGUUUAUGUCCGGUAUUAAGUAACAUUGCCUUAUUUUCCAUCGCAGGGUUGCCUCUUACAACAACCGCAACCCCAACACCAACACCAGGACCAUCAACUACACCGACAGAAGGUAACGUUUUCCAGACUGUGUACGUCAAGAAUGCUGACCUCUAAACAACUGUAUUGUUGAUCAUUACUGUACUUAGCGCAUUUAUCUUUUUUGAUACGCAGAUCCAUGCAGGACGGUUGGUUGCAACGCUCCCUACAACGUAGGCUGCAGAGUUGUAGACAAUGCAGCAGAAUGCAUCUGCCCUACAUGUCCGGAUACGAUCAGUCCUGUCUGUUCAUCAGAUGAUAUAGAGGACCCGUCUGAGUGUUUUAUGAAGAGAAGGUCUUGUCUCAGCGGCGAUCUGGUCACUGUUGCUAAAAGUGGGCCAUGUGGUAUGUGCUAUUUGACUCUAUAUGCAUUUGUCUUUUGUUUGAGAGUUUCUUUCAUGUAAUAGUUCAGUUGUGGCAACUUAUUUCGAACCAAAGUACACAUUAAAAACAUAAUCACGAAAACACGUUUGAAAUCUAAUCACGAAAUCCUCUACUUAUUUUAUUAUAUAUAUAGGGUCUUUUUUCCCUUUGGUUGCGGUUGUGUUUAACGUCAUGACUUAUUGUUUAAAUAACUAACCCAUAUCUUCAGUAAUUACAUUCAGCUGUUUCAGUACAAUGGCUAGGGGUUAUGGCAUUCUAUACUUCCAUUUAAUUGCCAAUUAAAAUGAAGAGACUUAAAUACAGCUGUAAAAGGACGUUAUUUAAAGGAUGUUUGAAUAACACAACUUUUUUUCUUUAUAUUUGCAGAUAAGGAUUGUAGGGCCAUUGUAGACGUGGCGUUUGUAAUUGAUUCGUCGGGAAGCAUCGGACCCGCCAACUGGGAAAGAAUGAAGCAAUUCCUUAAAGCAGUGGUCAGCAAACUUGAUAUUAGCCCCUCUGCUACACGCAUAGCAGUUAUUGCGUACAGCACCGAGCCUGAGGUGGUUAUGCUAUUCAGCAACCGACAGAGUACGGAAGACGUAAAUAGAGCAUUUGACAGCAUGCGCUGGCAACGAGGAUUUACAUUUACCGAUAGAGCUUUGAAACUUACAGAUAGUGAUUUGUUCCAGACGGCAAAUGGAAUGAGACCAAGCGUACCAAAGGUAAAGGGUAAACUUUCAUUUUCUUGCCAAAGUCGUCGUAGGAGAAAGUAUAGUGCGGCCCCUGCCGGCCCCUGCCUAUGUGAAGACGCUUCUAAGUUUCACGGAGUGUGUUGCUUACAAUAUAAAUCCAAUACCAGCUACGAAUUAAAGGUCCCCAAAACAAAGUGCAAGGCCUUUGGGGACAGGACCUUUGAUCGUGCUGGCCCCUCACUGUGGAACACUCAGGCUAGGAAGACUUUUUUUUACUUUGCUUGGGAUUUGCUCAUUGAACCGAUUCUUGUACGGUGACUGCGAUGAUUUAUUUUCAUCUUCUCUAGCUAGGUUUACUGUUUGUUAUGUGCUUUUGUUUGUCAGCUUUUGUUGGCGCUUUAGAAAAUGCACCGUGUAUAUAGUUUUAGUGUUAUAUAAAUAAAUAUCUCUGACUAUAUCUUUAUCUUUGUACACAGAAAAACUAGUGAAGACGUUUAUCACUACCGAAUGGGCAUUGAAACUCCAGUAAAUUGUUUGAUACAAAGCAUCCCUGUAUGAUGUAGAAAUAGGAAGCGUGUUCAUCCUGUCGUAAGAAAUUAUCUGGACAUUUGCUUUUCUUUUUUACAAUCAGGUCUUAAUUGUGUUUACUGAUGGGAAACAAACAACAUCUCAACCGUACACUGAACUAUCGGAGGCAUCUCAGGGAAUAAAGAAUAAGGGAAUUGAAGUGUACGCCGUUGGAAUUGGAAAGGGCGUAAAUGUAUCCGAACUCCAGAAUAUUGCAUCCAGCAAAGAAAACGUUCUACUAUCAACAUCCUUCAAGGAGGUCAUUAACCUCACUGUUCCGAUAAGAAGGACGAUUUGCGCCCGUGAGUUUCUCUUUUUGAACUGAGUGUUUUUUUAUGGUCUUCUUAAUUUGGUAUUUGUAUUCUAAAUGUCGGGGAGGGGUACUUAUUAGGAAACCCAAGCAAAAACGACUUAUUGGAAUACUAAGAAACUGUAAGUAAUUAAGGUAGGAAAAAAACGAAGAUUGUUAUCUUCUGUUCACAUUCUCUAGAAAACGUUAAAAUAGGAAGCUUCACCUCGAAGUCGUGCAACGACGGCAAAGAAAUGUACAAAAAUGCGUGCUGCAUUUGCAAAGUUGUUGUUUUGCUGAUCUAAACCUGUUUUUUAGUUUUUUGCCGUUAUCGUCGCCGUCGCCGUCGCCGACGUGGGUGCUUAAGCUCCCUAUUCUUAUGACAUGUAACACCUUGAUCGUAGCCUUAACAUGUUCCUUACAUGUUGUGUUGCUACGUGACGUUUCACCUGUUGAGCAGGUAUCCUCUCCCAUUUUAAUGUUAUGGCUAACAUUGGCUGUUAAUACGUACACUAAUACGAAUGAAUCAUGAAUAUAAAUUUGAUAAACUUAGUUGCAGUUAAUUAGCUAAAGACAAAGACCUGAGAAUGAGCGUUUAGGCUUGCCUGUAAUAGAAACCUCCUAACUUUACGCUGAGCGGAUGCAAUAAAAACGUUUUCCUUUUUCGCUAAUCUUGCAAAGUGGUGGAGCAGGUCUGUUAUGAGUUUGUCUUGCUUGUUGAUGAUCUUUAUAUGUGUAAUGCGGAUGAAAGAGGUAAAUGUAAAGACGUGUUUAACGAUGAACAUAAAGUAACCUGAAAAUAUUCCAGUGGUGCAGAUGGAAUACACAAAUUAUUUUGGUAUCUGAAUUUUUGUUCUCUCGUAGUGCCUCCCGUAACGGUGACUCCAACUCCAACUCCAACACCAACACCAUCCUCAACACCAACACCAACACCAACACCAACCGAAGGUUAGUUAUUGGUAGUAGAUAAACGACAACAUUAAGAAAAGUGAAUAUGGUAUGAGUAUUCGCAAUCCACACCCAGAUAUGAAGGGGUACAAAACCACCUCCUUUCCUACGUUGGUUUUCGCAAUUAUUAUAUUUUGACAAAAUUAGACGAUUUGAAGCCCCGCAAAAUGAAAUAGAUGUUCAAAAAAUGGUGGAUAUCACAAGAUAUCUCCUAGCCCAAAUCCUCACCUAGGCGCUAGCAUUUUUGUCGACUUCAUGCCGAAAUUAAAAAUAAUUGUAUCGUAUAGCAAGUGCCAAAGUUCUGAGUUUUUCCAGCAUAGCUGGAAAUUACUGUCAUGCUUGAGCAUACGGGCAAUAUUUUGCCAGGAGGGGGCGGUAAACAAUUUGCCCAAAAAGUUGUCGCAUGUUGCCCAAAUUUUCACGAAAGAGUCGAAAAGAUGCGAGGGUCAUACGAUGCAACAACUUAGGCCUACAUGUGAAGUGAAAAUAUUCUUACAUAUGAAUGUAUCUUAUGAGCUCAUAAAAUACGUUAAUAGCUGUCUUUUAACAAAUUGUUAGAAAAGCUACAGCUAUGAAGUGUUUGGUACAGACUGAAACGUUUUUAUCGCCUCUCUAUUUUGGUACCAUAAGCUUUAAUAAGCAAAGGAACUACAGUUUAACAAGUUUGAAGGCGUUUAGUUAAAUAACUAAGCCGCUGUUUAUUUCUCUUCCUUAGAAGAGGUUUGUCCCAUUCCUAUGGAUACGACCUUCGUUAUUGACUCAUCAGUGUGUGAUGACGAUAACGACUGGAAUCGCUUGCUGAAGUAUGUGCAAACUUUGGUCACCUUUUUCAAUGUAUCACCAUCCGUAGGGCGUAUUGCCCUCGUCCAGUUCAGCACUGACGCGAGAGUUCUUCUCAAGUUCAACACGUUAUCUGGUAACCUUCUGAAUGGCGCAGAAGUCAACCAACGA